AUGUGGGCGCUGAGCGUGUGUUGGGUGCUGCUGGGCACUCUGGGCGCCGGUGAGUUGCCUUGGCUCUUUCUCUCUCCCCUUCCCCCCCCCCCGCCCUCCCGCCAACCCUCCGCGGGGCGUUUAACCGCCCGGACGACUUUCGCCCCUCGCGUCAGAACGCGGGAGCUUCGCCCUGCGCUUUUUGCGCUUCGCAGGUGGAGCAGGUUUGGAGUAGUGGCGGCGGCGCAGUUCUCUCUCUCUCUCUCUCUCUCUCUCUCUCUCUCUCCCCCCCGCCCUCAGGCCCCAGGGCAGGCAGGGGGUUGGGAGGGGGUGGGGGUCGAGGAUGGACCACCCAGGUGCGCGGCUGGCUGUUCUUGGCCGGUGGGAGCCCGCGCCGUCCUUGGCGAGGGAGCCGCUGCUGGUCCCACCAAAGUGCGCAAUGACGGGCAGGGCUUCGCUUUGCGCCACGUCCCCUCCCUUCGAGCGAGCCCGCUGUUUAGGCGGGCGCUGGGGUUGAUGCGCGCUGGGAUUGGCUUCCCCCCUUCCCGACGCCUGACGCUUUCCAUAAGCUCCGCUUCAGGAUUCCUGCUGCUCGGAGUGUGCGGGGAAGCGGAGCCGACAGCAGGCUCUCGUAUGUGUGUGUGUGAAUGGGACUACGAGGUGGGAACUGGGGCGCUGGCAAGCCUGGCACUUGCCGUGCCUGGAACCAGGCGGGAGACAUGGAGGGAAUUUCCCUUUCCCCUCUCCCCUCCCUCCGCCUGCUUGUUUCCGAGAAGCGGUGCUUCCGUGGCUGCUCUUAGGAGGGCCGGGCUCCCGCUGGCGUUUUCGCACCUAAUCAUCAUCGGCGAUGGCUGCUGCCCUUGAAAGUACCCACCUAAACUGCUGUGGCAGCGGGUAAUCCGUCUCCCUCUGUGUGGCUGCUGUUCCCUGAAAACUUCGGAGGACAUGUGCACAGCAGUUACGCACAGAUGUCGAACUGGAACGGGGAUCCCGUGUGGAGAGAGGGGCAUGGAGUGGGAUAUGGCAGGGAGAGCAUUCCUUUCCCCUGGGCUGCUUCCUUCUCAACAUGCAGAAGUAAUCUGCGGAAUAAUCCAUGCUGGGCCUUUGUCGCAGCCGGUUAAUGGGGUGGGGUUAACCAACAUGCCUUGUCAAGCAGCACACAAAAGUUGCCAGCCUGCAGGAAGAAACAUCUUUUUUCACUAGCCUAUUGGGGGCUAGCAGAAGGGGGGCACAGAGAGCUAUCUCUUUAGCACCAUCCCACUGCAUUUCUGUUCUGGGCACAGAAGAGGGCCUUGCCUGCUCACUCACCAAAUGGUAUUCUGUGCAUGGUACUUGACUGCAAAGCAGUUCCUUAUUGCCUGUGGUUUCCUCCUCCUAGCCUGUGGUUUCCACGCUGCUAGAGUUUGUGAGCCUGCCUCCAAUCCCUUGUCCGUGAAUUGCAGAGGUCGGAGGCAUCAGGUGAAGCAAACUCUGCUGUUGAGCCUAUAGCUUUGGUGACCCUUCAGAGGACCCACAUCUGUUGGCCUGCAAGCUUUCCAAGUUGCUGGGUUACGCAGGCAGUGCAAGUGCUCAAGUUACACAACAUGUGCCGCUGUCAGCCACCUACAGGUUUAAUAAAUUAUAUGCAUCAACCUUUCGGCUCAAGCACGUAAGCAGUCUGUAGUGUGUGAGAGAGUUAAAGUGGGAGUUUUGAAGAGGAACAGAAAAGGCUAAGCUGGGUUGCAUAGAAGAUGGGGACUAGGCUAGCUCAACAUAAAGACCUAAAAGUUAAUGAUAUCAAAAUUGAAAUCUGUAAACAACUAGUGGACCUGCUUUUCAGACAGCAGGUAGGACACCUUCAAAUCAUGUCAGCUUUCUGUGGGCAAAAAUUUCCUACUCUGUUACAAGAUGUAGCAGUGCCCACCAACUUGGAUGACUUUUAAAGGAUUAGGCAAAUUCAUGGAGGAUAAGGGUUUAUGUUCUACUUUCACUGCUGGAGGUAGUAUUCCUCUAUAUACCUGCUGCUGAAAAUCAUCGGUGUGGAGAGUGUUCUUGCUUUUGAGUCAUGUAGGCUUCCCACUGGCAUCUGGUUGGCCACUGUGACAAUAGGAUGUUGUACUAGAUAGGCCUUCGGUCUGAUCCAGCAGGCUCAUCUUAUGUUCUGACCAAGUGGUCUUGUCAACAUUAAAUACAAGAAAAGAAAAUUAACAGAGCAACUUUGUCUAUGCAGAUAUGCCAAGAGACCCUUGCACUGGUGCAUUUCCUGCGUGAAUUAAACUGCAUCCUAAUGGGUCCUGCCUGCAGGGGGGCAGCCCUUUCAUUGACUCAUAUGGGGUCAAUUUUAGUUGCACUUGAAGGUUUGGUGGUGUAAAUUACACUAAACUUUGUCCGUGGGACUAGGAAAUUUGGAUGCAGAGUAACUUUGCUAAUUCAUUUCUUUGCCCUGACAUGCUCAUUGCAUACGUUGGGCAUACCCCUUCUUUGCCCUUUCCACCAGCAACAACUUCCAGCAUGGCUUGUUAAUAGUUAUGUUUGGAUAAAUCAUAAAUGCUGCUUUAAGGUCAGCUCAGCCAGGAGUGGGAAGUAUUCCACAACCCAACCUUGCUCAGGAAGAAUGAUUGGAGAUUAGAAGUGCACCACCUGAGUAUUUUUUUGUGAGCAUUCCCAAUAUCUUUCUUCCAAUGACCAAGGAAUGGUGCUUUAAGAGUUUUCAAAUGCUGACAGUUGAAGGGAAAUCUCAAAAUAAUGCUUUUAAUUUGGUCCAAGAUUCUUACUAUCUGUAAAGGAGAGAAGGGGUUUAGGCUGCAGUCCUGUCUACUCAGAAGUAAAUCCACUUGAGUUUGAUUAGCGUUGUUGUUGUUGUUGCUGCUGCUGCUGUUGCUGCUGUUUAGUCGUUUAGUCAUGUCCGACUCUUCGUGACCCCAUGGACCAGAGCACGCCAGGCACUCCUGUCCUCCACUGCCUCCCACAGUUUGGUCAGACUCAUGUUUGUAGCUUCGAGAACACUGUCCAGCCAUCUCGCCCUCUGUCGUCCCCGUCUCCUUGUGCCCUCAAUCUUUCCCAACAUCAGGGUCUUUUCCAGGAAGUCUUCUCUUCUCAUGAGGUGACCAAAGUAAUGGAGCCUCAGCUUCAGGAUCUGUCCUUCCAGUGAGCACUCAGGGCUGAUUUCCUUAAGAAGGGAUACGUUUGAUCUUCUUGCAGUCCAUGGGACUCUCAAGAGUCUCCUCCAGCACCAUAAUUCAAAAGCAUCAAUUCUUUGGCGAUCAGCCUUCUUUAUGGUCCAGCUCUCACUUCCAUACAUCACUACUUUACUCCUGGGGUAAAUGGGGUUAGGACUGCAGACUUACUUUCAAAACAACUCUCUUCUGGGGAAUUAGAAUUAUUUGAAACCAGGUGAGGCCUGUGACAGUACUAUAGCCUUGGGGGUCUCAAUAAUUUAAACACCAUUGUAAGCCACAAGAUGAUGCUCAGGCCUAUGAAGUGCCAAUAAGUCUUUGAGUAGCUAAUAAAUUGACACAUAGAAUUGUAAAUCUCUGAAGUGUAGAAGCUUUGUGAAACUAUAGGACAGCAAACUUAUAUUGUCUGAUGUUGGUAAAACAGAGAUGUUCCUAAGCUGAAUAUUUUAGAAACUCUUGCCUGUUUAGGCCCCACCUUCUCUCUGAUAUGAUUAAGAUGGCUUGACAACAGUACUGGCACAAAGCAAUCACAACAAAUAAUUGGGAGUGUGGGGGGGAUUAUCCCAAACAUUGGAAUAUCAAAUAAUGCAGAGGAAAAACUGAUAGCUGGCUUGUUUUCCCUUUCUGUGCUGCUGUUACCUGAUGUUCUUCUGAGGCAGCAUUAGUGAUGGAGUAAUUAACAAAAGUUUCCACAAUUUUGGCUAAUAGUGGCACAGUACAUCCAGAACUGUUCUUAAGUGGCCCUCAUUCUAUGAGUUUGUACGGGGGUAGUCCUCAGCAGAAUGUACCUUCCAAAAGUUAUCAACACUAGCAUGGACUUAAUUCUUUCUGUUCAAAUAAGUAACAGUUGUUUUUCCUUCUUGCAGGUUCUGCCCAGUUGAUGUUUAAGAAGAUUCACAAUGUUUCCUUUGAUGUCUGUAAUACAACCGAAAUUAUCAUACCAUGCAUAGUUACUAAUCUACAAAGGUUCAGCAGAGAUGAAAUGUUUUUGAACUGGAAAAUAGAUGGGAAAGAGUUUUUUACUUAUGAUGGCUAUGAGAACAGGUAUUUCAGAAACAAUACUUUUUUGAGUGUAGAUCUACUGGAUAUAGCGAACCUAACUGCUGGUGUUGCAUCAAUCAAGAUGUCUCUAAAGGAAGCCGUUCCUGGAAACUACACGUGUAUAGUAGUAGAAAGAAACAGAGAAGGAGAGCAUGUAAUUGAACUUCGAUAUGGUACACGUAAGUUAUUUGUCUUGUUUUUAUCUGUUCUGUAUCAAGACUGGUGCUUUUAAAGGCCCAUGUAUAAUUUAUCUGGAUUCUUGGGUGAAUGACAAAGUAGCCAGGGGUCCACACAUUUUAGUUUAGUAGCCAGCUAGAAUUGGUGCUGACAAUGGAGUCUUUCCCUCCCCUGAGACUUCUGUGGCUGCUAGAGGAGGGCAGGGUGGGGUGGCGCUCUCUAUUGAGCUUUACAAUGGGCAGUGUGCCCAGUGUGGCUUCUCAUGCUGUGUCUUGCAGACAGAAGUCUCGUGUUGCACUGAGUUUUGGCGAACGUGUUUCGGCUUGCUCAGCACAGCACAAGAAACGUUCCACCAAAUCCUCUAUGACUUGGGAAGAGCUUUGCUGGAGGUUGGAGAAUCUGUUUCUUGGUGUUCUGCUUCCUAGAGGGCCAGGAUCAUUUGUAGCUGGCAAACAAGUUUGUUGGGGUGCAAGAAGCCAUGUUGGCAGGUAGGUGACAGCGGAUUUAUCUGAGAUGGUAAUGUUUCAGGCAUGCUUGAAGAGCUCCAAAAGGAUCUCCUCAAACUCGAUGAAUGGGCAAUGGAAUGGAAAAUUACAGUAUAAUAAAUUACAGUGGUAAUAAAGUGCCAUAUUUUUCCGUCUAUAAGAUGCCCCCAUGUAUAAGAUGCCCCCUAUUUUGGGGGACUCAGAUUUAAGAAAAUGGGGGGAGAUGGCCCCGUGUAUAAGACACCCCCUAAUUUUUGACAUUAUUUUAAAGGAAAAAACCUAGUCUUAUACACGGAAAAAUACGGUAAGUGAUUUAAAUUUUAAUUUUUGUCUGUGGCACAAUGCCAUUACAAAACAUGGGAUUAAUGCAAGUACCUACAACCACAAAUUGGUAGCAAAUCUGAAGCCGUGCUAGGACAAACACCAGGGAAGCAGGCGUAAAAUAAAGCACUAAUAAUAUAUAACACUAAUAAUCAUCAAUACAAACUGAGGUUAGGAGCAACAUCAGAAUACCAUUGUCACUGGUCCUCUUUGCCACUUAUCAGGAGGGGCAAGAAUGUAGUGAUGUCAGGGCUGUGCAGUCACACCAGUGGAACCAAUCCAGUGCUCCUGCUGCUAUGCCAAUUAGCCCUGACCUUGCCUUCACUUUACCUCUCCCCAUUCAUGUAAACUAGUGAUGACCCUGCCAGGAGACUGUUUCCUCUUCCCUGCCAGGGGAGCCACUCCUGCUUGCAUCUUGAUUUUAGACAGUUUUCUUUUAUCCUUGUGAAUUCCACAGUGUAUUUAAAGUACCUGCACCCUUCGUUUCGUUACCAAAAUCCAAUGCAGCUCAUAAAACGCAGCCAGUCUGAAAACCACAAAACCAAACAGUGCAGCAGGUUAAGGUGGCUGCAAUAAAAUAUCAUAAACCUUUUCUCCACAAGAAGGCAGCAUGCACUGGGUUGCAGAGUCCCAAUGUUCCCAUAUGAGGUUUGUAAACAGCACAGUGGAUGGCAAAAUAAGGAAGGGACAAUAUGUAUCUCCUUGUAAAGUUGGGCUGGAUGGAGGAGAGGUUUCAGCCCCUCCCCCUCCCUGGCACCAUGAUUAAGAUGAGCAUUGUCCCUCUGUCAUUCAUUGGAUGUUCAGUGUGGUAAGUGGAGGAGAGUCAAGCAAGCCAUAGGCAAGGUGGCAGUGCACACUUUUGGCAAUGCUUGCUUCUGGUGGUGAUACAUCAUUCAGGCUGAAGAGGCUUAGGCUGCUGGUUUGCAUUCAUAGUGGCUAGAAUGGUAUUUUCUUCCACACCGGGCUACCCCUUCCCUAUACAAUAUAGUAGGUGAAUCUUAAGAGGUAUCCAGAGCAGUGUCUGGUUCUUUUUGUUGGAUGAGCUUCAGCUGGUAUGUCUCAAGGAUGUGGGAAAGGUGCUUGGAUCAAUGCAGGUGGCUACAUGUGUCCUGGGCCCUUCACAUUGGCAGCUGUGGGAUAUGCUAGGUUGGCGAGAGCCAAUAAAGUGAAGCUCAAUCCGGGUAACACUGAAGCACUGUUAGCAGGUGGUUCCUUUGACUGGGUAGGUGGGAUUUAAGCUGUUCUAGAUGAAGUUGUGGGGGACACGGGUGGUGCUAUGGGUUAAACCACAGAGCCUAGGCCUUGCCGAUCAGAAGGUCGGCAGUUCAGAUCCCCGCGACGGGUGAGCUCCUGUUGCUCGGUCCCUGCUCCUGCCAACCUAGCAGUGUGAAAGCAUGUCAAAGUGCAAGUAGAUAAAUAGGUACCACUCCGGUGGGAAGGUAAACGGCGUUUCCAUGCGCUGCUCUGGUUCGCCAGAAGCACAAAUUGUGCACAAAUUGUGCAGAGUGCCUUCAGCAUCUUUAGUUGGUGUCCCAGCUGUGACCCUAUCUGGACAAGGAUAGCCUAGCUUCUGUUGUCUACGCUCUGGUAAUCUCUAGGUUAGGUUGCUGCAAUGCGUGAUAUGUGGGUCUUCCUUGAAGACAGUUUGGAAACAGCAGCUAAUGGAGAGUUCAGGAACCGGAUUGUUGACUAGAAGUAGGAGGUUUGAUUGUAUAACUGUACUGGCUGCCAGUUCAUUUCCAGACUUAAUUCAAAGUGCUAUUUUUGUGCAGCUCAGGACCUCAAUAUCUUAGGCACUGGUUUGUCCCAUGUAAACCUACCUGAACCCUAUGUUCAUCACCUGUGUAUUCCUUCCAGUGGAGGUGUGGAGGGUUGCAGCAUGAGAUGGGGCCUUCUCGGUUGUGGCUCCCUGACUGGAAUGUUCCUUUUAGAGAGAUGUGCCUCGCACUAUCACUAUUAGUUUUCUGUGCCCGGUGAAGAUGUUCCUAUUCACUCAGACAUUUUGCUCUUAGUUGGUGCUUAUGUUUUUAUAUAUUUUAAAGUGUUUUAAAGGUGUUUUUACUUUUUACUUUGUUUUACCACCGUGAACAGUGGUUUUUAUCUAUGUAUUUUUAUUUUCUUCCGUUUUAUUGUGGUUUGGGAUGGGGUUUUGUUUAGGUAUAAUUGUUUUUGGUUUGUUUUGUUUUUCUAUUUUGUAAAUGGAGGCUUGUAUGAGGCUUGGGAUUGCUAUCAUGGAGGGGCGAGGGAGGUAUGGUGGUGGGGGCAGAUGUUAUAGGCGAAGGGGAUCGAGAUACGGAUAUGCUCGUACCCCUUCCAAUCUGCGCCCCAUCCCGAGGGACGAGGGUAGGGUGAGCAAGGAUUACUCACCUCCGUCACUGGUGUUGUGCAAUGCCAGGUCUAUAGGCAACAAAACCACCACUCUGCGAGAUUUCUUCACCUCGCAGGGGGUUGACCUGGCUUGUGUGACGGAGACCUGGGUGCGCGAAGGGGCAACAGUUACCUUACGAGAGAUGGCGCCCCCGGGUUUCUCCGUCCUCCACCAGUCACGGACUGUGGGCCGGGGGGGAGGGGUGGCAUUAUUAAUCCGGGAAGAUUGUUCUUUCAGGGCUCUACCAUCGCCAUCGAUCCCCGGCAUUGAAUGUGUUGGCCUAGUGUGGGGCUCUGAGGUGAGCUUGGCUGUCUGGCUGGUGUACCGGCCACCUAGCGCACCAGCAGCCACCCUGUCAGGCCUGCUGGAGGCGGUGGCCGGCUGGGCCUUGGAGUUCCCUAACCUAUUGGUAUUGGGGGACUUCAACAUCCAUGCUGAUGCCACUCCCUCCUCACAGGCUCUGGACCUGGUGUCUUCCAUGGCGACACUAGGGCUCUCCCAGUUUGUUUCAGGCCCCACACAUCAAGCAGGCCACACGCUGGAUUUGAUCUUUGGCGUAGGUAUAGAUGUGAUCAUGUCUCCUUCGAUGAAGGUGCCAUGGUCUGAUCACUACGCUCUGAAAGCCAGGAUUGACUUUCCACCCCCACCCUGCUUAGGUGGCGAGCCGAUUUGGGCUCGCCCACAGAGGCUGAUGGACCCUGAUAGAUUCCGUCAAGCCUUGCGGGACCUUGCUCCCCCUGGCGACUCAUUGACUGAGCUUGUUGAGGGCUGGAAUAUCCAGCUCCUGGCAGCCAUAGAUGAGAUCGCACCUAAGCGCCCUCUGCGACUCCACAGAAACCGGGCUCCCUGGUUUACCGAGGAGCUUCGGAAAAUGAAGCGGGACCUCAGACGGCUAGAGCGAGUAUGGCGGGGUGCCUCAAGAACAUCUUAUAGGGUUUUUAUGAAAACCUAUGAGAUGGCAGUGAAGGCCGCUAAGAAGUCUUACUUCUCGGCCUCCAUUGCAUCCGCUAGCUCUCGCCCGGCGCAAUUAUUUAGUAUAAUUAGGUCUUUAACGUCCCUUGAAGGACAGCCAAAUUUAAAUAACAAUCUGACACACAGCUGUGAGGCAUUUGCGAGCUAUUUUGCAGAGAAGGUCCUGUUGCUCCGCCAUGACCUCCCUGCCAAUUUGGAUACAAUAAAGGAACUGGAGGCCCCUCGACUGUCCUCGGGUCCAGUAUUGGACCACUUUGACCGGAUAUCCCCAGCCGAUGUGGACAGACUCCUCCGAGCUGGAAAGCCCACCACCUGUCCUCUUGACCCGUGCCCGUCUUGGCUGAUUAGAGCGUGUCCAGACGAGGUGCGGGCCCCCCUGGGGAUAUCAUCAAUUUGUCUCUUGGCACCGGGAUAUUUCCAGGGGAAUUGAAGGAGGCAGUGGUGCGCCCGCUCUUAAAGAAAACAUCAUUAGAUCCCUUAGAUCUAUCCAAUUACCGCCCGGUUUCGAAUCUUCCAUUCCUGGGUAAGGUGAUUGAGAGAGCGGUUGCUGAACAGCUUGGUAGGUUUCUGGAUGAAACAUCGGCUCUGGAUCCAUUCCAGUUCGGCUUCUGCGCUGGUCAUGGGACCGAGACGGCUCUGGUUGCCCUAACAGAUGAUCUCCACAGGCAGCCGGAUCGAGGCGGGUCGGGGCUGCUGAUUCUUCUAGACCUGUCAGCAGCCUUCGACAUGGUCGAUCACGAACUCCUGGACCACCGCCUUGCCGACGUGGGGAUCCAGGGCACAGUCCUUCAAUGGCUGCGCUCGUUUCUCUCUGGUCGGGGACAGAGGGUGGCGCUUGGGGGGGAAUUGUCAUCGCGCCACUCCUUGGUGUGUGGAGUGCCUCAGGGUGCGAUACUCUCCCCGAUGCUUUUAACAUCUUUAUGCGCCCCUCGCCCAGCUUGUCCGGAGUUUUGGGCUGGGUUGCCAUCAGUAUGCCGAUGACACCCAACUCUAUCUGUUGAUGGAUGGCCAUCCUGACUCGGCCCCAGACACACUGACCAGAUGUUUGGAAGCUGUGGCUGGAUGGUUACGUGGGAGCCGGUUGAAGUUAAAUCCUUCGAAGACAGAGGUCCUCUGGCUGGGACGGGACGAUAUGGGAUUGGGGGGGAAACUCCCAUCUCUUGCGGGGGUGCAAUUAGUGCCCGCACCAUCCGUUAAGAGUUUGGGUGUAAUCUUCAAUACCUCCCUCUCUAUGGAGGCGCAGCUUGCAGCUAUAACAAAGGCGGCAUUUUUUCAUCUCCGCCAAGCUAAGCAGUUGGCUCCUUACCUCUCUCGCCCUGACCUAGCCACUGUGAUCCACGCGACGGUCACCUCCAGACUGGAUUAUUGUAACUCGCUCUACGUGGGGCUGCCCUUGAGACUGACCCAGAAACUCCAGCGGGUGCAGAAUGCCGCAGCGAGACUCCUUAUGGGGUCUUCGCUGCGAGAUCACAUUCAUCCGGUACUAUACCAGCUGCACUGGCUCCCGGUGGAGUACAGGAUCAGGUUUAAGGUGCUGGUUUUAACCUUUAAAGCCCUAUACGGCCUAGGACCCUCGUACCUACGGGACCGCCUCUCCUGGUAUGUCCCACAGAGGAACCUACGGUCUGCAAAUAAAAACAUCCUGAAGGUCCCAGGCCUCAGAGAGGUUAGGCUGGCCUCAACUAGAGCCAGGGCUUUCUCGGCCGCGGCUCCAAUCUGGUGGAACGCUCUGUCACAAGAGACUAAGUUCCUGCGGGACCUGACAUCUUUCCGCAAGGCCUUCAAGACAGAGCUGUUCCACCAGGCCUUUGGUCAGGGCCCAGCCUGACUCCCUCCUCUGGCAACCUGCGCAGAAUUUUGCUCAACGGUUGCCAUUAAUUUGAUUUUAAUUAAUUUUUAUAAUGAAAUGUUUUUAGAAUGUUGGAUUAUUUGAUUGUUUGAUUAUUUGAUUGUUGUUAGCCGCCCUGAGCCCGGCUUCGGCUGGGGAGGGCGGGAUAUAAAUAAAAUUUAUUAUUAUUAUUAUUAUUAUUAUUAUUAUUAUUAUUAUCUUCUAGUUUUUAGUAAGUGACAAAUAAAAUGAAUAAAAUAAUCCUCACCAUCUGUUUCCAGAGGCAGAAUUUUAAUGAAUUUAGUUAGGCACCCAGUUUGAGACAAGCCAUAGAUAUGCGGGGUGGGGGGAAUCCUCUUAAGCAGGGAUGGAGGGCCUUGUUCUGUCCAUUUGUUUACCUGGCAAACUGACCUAAUUUUUAGCUCCUGUACAAGAAUUGGAGCAUAAUUAUUUUUCAGAUUAUCCACUUCUUGGAAUUGUGCAGUACAAUUUUUGCCUCAAAAAAGUACACAAAUCCAUUAUAAAAUGUAUAUUUUAGAAUAAAAUAUGCUUAGAAAUGUGUGUGUUGAAAUAAAAUUUGUAUUUAAAUGUUUUUAAAUGUGAACUUUCAUACAGAUUUGGGGGUUUUUUAAUAGAAAAGUCAGGUUUAUGGACAGAAUGGAUUUUUGAAUGAAUGGGUGUGAAAUUGUCAGAGACUGGAAGUAGACUAAUCGCUACUUCUUAGGAGACUAUGUAACUUUGCUAAAUCAACAAGGCAAACUAAUAGCAUCCAGUAUGAAGUAGAGUGAGGCAGAAUAUGGACAAUCUCUCUUCCUCUGGGAAUCACAACUCAAAUAAUGAUGAAAGAGGCUUUCAUAGGCUAGUCUGUGAGGAACAGCCUUGGACCAGGUGUGGGCAGGAUGUCCUCCCAAAUCAAAGUAGAACAAAGGCUUAUGAUAAGUCUAAUUUCAUUUUUGUUGGAGUUGGAGAUCAACCUGCUUAGGGAUGUACUGUAGCAAUGUCCCUUGACACCCUGAGUUGGGCAGCCACAUUUGGACAAGAAUGAGGAAGAGCCUUUGUGUUGAGAGUGGAAUUAGCAGAGGUAGAAAUGUCAGUUUAGUAGUGCUUUGCAGAAGUAGACACAGACACCCAGGAAGCAGCCUUACAAAACACCUUCAACAGGUGCAAUUGAGUCCAAACUCUUUGAUACUGGGCCUCUCUGAGUGAGACCAUCCAUCAGCCUCAGCCAGCAUGGUCAGGGGUUAUGAGAGCCAUAUUCCAACAAAAUUUGGAGGCCUUCAUGUUGGCUACCCCUGAAAUACACAGGACUUGGCUAGUUGAAUCAGUGGCCUCACUCGGUAUAAGGCAGUUUGAUUAUGCCCUUAUGCUUAUUCAUUUCAUAUAAUUUAUGUACUGCUUGAUUUUUUAAAAAACAGCAAGCUCAAUGCAGUUUGCAAAACAACAACAACCCAACAACAAUAAAAUUACAAGGAAAAGACUAUCGAAAGCAGCUAACUAAAUCAUAAAUCAGAUUAAAGCACAUACAAACAUUCUGCAUGUGUGGGUAGCCUUGUGUAAACAAAAAUGUUUUUAGCAGGUGCCGAAAGGAGUGCACUGGAUGCAUCCGCCAGAUGUGAGUAGGCAGGGAGUUCCAAAUAGUGGGUACUGCCACACUAAAAGGCUGGUUUCUUACAAAUGCGGAGCCUUAUGGGGCACCAAAGGCCAAUGUAAAGAGAGAUGUCUUCAGCACAAGGCGAAAGUUGUUUGAUGAAAAUACUAGACAUGCAUGCCUCUGUGGAAAGCGAGUCCCACAAUUUAGGGGCUACCGCAGAAAAGGCCCUCUCGGGUCGUCAUUCCUUACACUUCUGAGGGUAGUGAGGUACAAUGUAUCUUGUCUGUAUUGAGCUAAUGCAGCAGCAAGAGCUUUACUCCUAUGUAUAUGUACAUCUUUCUUCUCCAUGGAUAUUGCUGUUUUGGCUACAGGUGCAAUGCAACUUGAACUGGAAUUGAAAUAUAUAGGCUGAUUGUUCUUUUGGUUCUUGAGUUUUAAAAUGUGUUUAUUAUUCAGUUCUAAUGGAAUUAAUCAGGCUGAAUUAUACACAUUUGUAGAACUAUGGGAUUUGAGAUUAUCGCUUGUGGUAAAUGUCUUGAUGAGUGUUGAAAUUGAUAUAGAAAUGUAUAUUCCUUUCCCCCCCUUUUGUUUAAUUUUCUUUAUUGUUGAAACGUUUCCACUUCCAGUUCUUGACAACAAAAUUGUCCUUAUUCUCAGAAGUGAUUUUCCUGAAUCUUAGGCAAAACAUACCUUUAAAAUGUAGUUGUAAAAGCUGCCCAAGCUCACAAAGGAAGCGUAAUGCCACCUUCUGGUUAGAAAGGAAAUGGCAGUGAUGCACGGGGGCAUUCCUGAAAGCAUGAUACACCAAGAAUUUCAAGAAUGUUCAAGUAAUGGCAACUCAGAAUUCUAAUACUUUUGUAAUCAAUUCUGGAAAUGGAAUUGACUCUAAAAGUCAAUUUACAUUUGGCCUGCAGCUUGUUUAUAACCAUUAGUUGAAUUUUGGGAUUUUGUUAUUCAAGAAUUCUGUGUAAGAAAUGGCUAGAUCAAAUUAUCCUACUCUGAACACACAGCAUUAUUUCAUUCGUAGACGGUCUGUAAUUGCCUGCAUUUGUAUAAUGUAGCUAUAUGAAGUGCAGAAGGAUAAGCAAUUUUAGCUGACUAACAUGAUAGCUCAAUUUACCUUUAACAAUUGACAGUGUUGUGUCACGGUAUGUUUCGAGAGGAAACUGGAGCCAUGAUUCAGUUCUGACACCUAUUUGGGGGCAGAGAAAGACUCUUCAGUGCUCCUUAACUGCACUGUAACUAGCCAUGAGCAUUGAAGCAUUUUUGUACUAGUGGGGUCCAAGGUAAUGGUAAAGGUAAACCAUUAGGUCCAGUCGUGACCAACUCUGGGGUUGCGGCGCUCAUCUCGCUUUAUUGGCCGAGGGAGCCGGCGUACAGCUUCCGGGUCAUGUGGCCAGCAUGACUAAGCCACUUCUGGCGAACCAGAGCAGCGCACGGAAAUGCCAUUUACCUUCCUGCCAGAGCGAUACCUAUUUAUCUACUUGCACUUUGACUUGCUUUCGAACUGCUAGAUGCCUGUAAUAGUGACUCAUACCUGGCCAUUGGGCAUGAUGGCUGGUGCUGGUGGGAGUUGGAGUCCAUCAAUAUCUGAAUGGCCACAGGUUCCCCACCACUGCUAAAGAUUCUCCUGGACUCUGUGGUUUGUUUUUAUUUAUUAGGAGUAUUUAUUAAAUUUGCAUGCUGCCCUUCAUCCGAAAAUCACAGGUUGGUUCGCGACAUGAAAAUACAAAAUGAGAACACAAAACACAUAAUAAUAAAAACAACAACAAACCAAUAACGCCCCCCCUUCCACAAACAAAUCAGCCAAGAGAGACAUUUCCCCUGCAGUAGCAGUGCCUCAAGUGUCAUUUCUGUUGCUACUAUUCCUAAUGAAUUCUGUACAGUGGGUCUUUUAAAGAAAACCAAAUGGAAGCAGCAACACUGCUACCACCAGUAAAUAUUUUAGUGGGAUGUCCAUCCACUCAAAGCCUUUAGAGGCUGGUUCUGGGUCCCAGGCAGCUUGUUCCCCAUCUGUAUUCUUAACUGCUAAUUUGGAUGGAAUUGCUAAUUCUUCUUUCAAAUGUUUUUUGAUGUAGCCUAGUGCAACUAAAUUGCCAGCAUGAACUGAUAAGAAUGAAGAACUGUGUUUUCAGCUGGGUCUUCUUAAUUUUGAAAAAAAUAUGUAGCUAGAUUUCUUUUAAUAAAGUAAACUCAAGGUGGCUUCCAAAAAAGUUCAUUCAAGACCUAAAGCACAGUAGGAGCAGUUCAAUUACCAGAAUGAGUUGCAUGCAGUAAAAACCCCAAGGGGAAUUCAACAUAAAAACAAGGAGAUUUAAAUUUAAAACUCAUAUUAAAAACUUGCCAAAAUCAAAGGUCUUGACAGCUUGCCUUGAGCUUCAGAGAUAGAGAGCAAACCAAGUCUUUUUAAAGAGGGAGUUCCACAAGUUGCUGGAUGCUAAAGUAGAAUAGGCCAUGUCUCACACUCAAGCCAGUUGUCCUUCUGAAUGUGGUGGGAUGCAUUGUUUGACCUUGCAUGUUGAAUGCAGUGGGCAGACAGGAUCAUAUGGCAGGAUGCCAGAGAUGCCUUGGUCCCAGAUCUGCAGAAGCAGAUGCUUUUGGAGGUAGCCCUAUGUAGCGUGUGCUACAGUAAUCCAGUCUGGGCAUGGCCAAGGCAUGUAUGUCACUGGCUAAUCGGCUUUAUCCAGGAAGGGACAUAAGUGAUACACCCCCUGCCCAUAGUACUCCUAGCAAUGGCUGCUACCUUAGCGUUGAGGAACAAGGCUGGGUCCGCAACCUCUCCCAGCCUUGUGACCUUAUCAUUCCAAGGGGAUGCAAGAAGAAGACAAAUCUCCAUUCCCAGAUCAUGCAGAUGUGUAGAGCAGACUUCUCUCUGCAGAAGUGUUACGGACCGUUCCAUAGUCUCCACUUCAUGUAUUGUUGAUAAAGGCCUCUGCAAGAACAUUCAUUUUGCAGCCCUUAAUGAGCUGUAGACCUUUUGUCUGUAUGAUUACACUCUUUCCACCAGUUCCUUUGCAUAAUUUUGGAUGUUUCAUGUUCACUCUUUUCCAUGUUUGUUUACUCUUGCAACUUGCAAGUGCUAGUUCAGUUCUGUUGUGGCCUUUAAAGUAGAUGGAAUCAUAGAACUGUAGAGUUGAAAGGAAUCCCAAUGAUCAUCUAGUCCAACCCUCUGCAAUGCUGGAAUCUUUUGCCCAAUGUGGGGUUCAAACCCAUGACCCUGAGGUUAAGAGUCAUGCUCUACUGACUGAGCUAGCUUAGAUGUUGCUUUUUUUUUUUUUUGUCACUGCUGGUUCUUCAGUUUAGAUAGAUAGAUAGAUAGAUAGAUAGAUGGAUUUAGCCUUUGAAUUGAGCUUAAUGGCUUUGUUGUGGGACCUGGCUUGUACUAAGAAUUUAAUGUCACAAAUAGCACUGUUCAUAACUAGUGAGUAGCUGACAAGCUGCUGAAGUGUACAAGCUGAAUCUGCUCCUGGGUAUAAUCAGUUUGUUCCAUUCAAGAAGUUUGAUUCUUUCCUGCUUACUUGCAUGGCCAGAUUUAUUCCAUUAGAAGGAAGUAGUUAUCACAAUCUGGCAAUAGCAGUUGUAGAAGUUAGGUCAUGUUGUGCUCCUUGAAUUGUCAUUGUGUUUCUGCGCAGUAUUCUUGCAUUUCAAGGACUGGCCUGAUCAGAAGUAAAAAAAAAAUUGUGAUCAUGGUAUCUCCCCUGCCAGGUAAGUCUGUCUGGGACAGAAACAAGAAUUUGUUGGAAAGGAAAACACCGUGGUGGGUGUCACCAAUUGAUAUGUUAACAGUUAAAAAACUGAACAUAGAAGGGAGAGAGGCCACCUAUGAGGAGAUUCUUAUGAAGGCUGAAAAAGGUUGGAAAUAGAAGCCUUAUGAUUGUAUUGCUGGAAAAUUGACAGGAUGGUUGCAAUACGAUCAAGUCAAUGAUGUUUUUAAAGAGGACAAAAAAAUAGGAUUUGAAGACAAAAAAAUCGAAAUUUCAAAUAGACAUUAUAGAAAGUAAGUCUAAACUACUUUCAAAAAUGUAUAAUCUCCUAUUAGAAUGGAAUACAAAAGACGAACUUAUAAAAGAGGCUAUGAUAAAAUGGGCUAUUGAUCUAGGACACAACAUAGACUAUGAUGUAUGGGCCAAACUCUGGAAUGAGAGUAUAAAAUUCACCGCUUGUUCUGCCUUAAAAGAGAAUGUUAUGAAGAUGGUCUAUCGUUGGUAUCUUACUCCCACCAAAUUGGCAAAAAUGUACAGAACUAGUAGUAAAACUUGCUGGAAAUGCAAGGAAAAGGAUGGCGACUUCUUUCAUAUGUGGUGGUCAUGUAAUAAAUUAAAAGAGUUCUGGGAAUCGAUUUAUAACGAGUUAAAAAAGAUGUUUAAGUAUAGCUUUCCCAAAAAGCCGGAAGAAUUCUUGCUAGGUUUGGUGGGAGAAGAUAUUAAGAAGACUGAUCAAAGAUUAUAUUUGUACACAACAACAGCAGCCAGAGUUCUGAUAGCUCAAAAGUGGAAGCAACAGGAGAUGCCGACAAUAGGAGAAUGGCAGAUAAAGCUGGUUGAAUACGCUGAGAUGGCUAAAUUGACACACAGAAUUCGCAAUCAGGAGGAGACAAAGUACCAAAAAGAAUGGUGUAAAUUUUUUAUCUAUAUAAGUAAGAACUGUACAAAUUUGAAAACUUUGGCAGGAUUGAAGUAAAUCUUAUGUCAUGUUGUAAUAUCUAAUCAAAGAAACUGUGAACUAUAGAAUAGAAUACGAAAACUGAUGGAAGGGAAGGACGGAAGUCAACAGCUCUACGGAGCAUAAAGUAGGAUAUAUGUAAUAAGAUUUGAUGUUUUACUGGUGUUGGUGGGUGAUCUUAAAUCUCAAUAAAAAUUAUUUAUAUAGAAGUAAAAAAAAUUUAAGUAAGCAUGCCAAAGGCUAAAAUCCAUUGCAGUGUUUUUUAUCUAGGGUCUUGCUUUUGUUAGCCAAAUAGCUUUACUUGGCUUUGCAGAAGAAAUGUGAUAUUAUUUUUAGAUUAUGAAGUUCUAUGUAAACUACCAUGGUAAUAUAGAGUCUGUAAGUAUUUGGGAUGGAUAAGAUGCCACUGUGGUACAACUUGUUCUGAGUCUCAAUUUGUUAGUAUAUUGAUCCAGAUUUAGGCAUGAAUUAAUUGACUUUGUGGUAGACAUGAGAUCAAAGAAGAAUAAAAGUAACAAGUUCUUGAUAACUUUUUAAUAGCAUCUUAAACUUGUUUCAAUUUCCUUUGAUAAUAGCAUACUUGAAGGCAAUCAACAAUUAAACAUUCAUAUUUUAAUGUGUGUGCACAUAUUUAAUAACUUUACUCAGUUGUACUAGUGAAUGGCAUAUAAAGAUUUUUGAUGUAAUCUAUCAAUAGUCUGUUCCAUGUCAAGGACUUUUGGAAUGUCAAAAUGAAACUAGAGAAUAGUUUUCUAAUGUUCAGUCUGUCCCCCUGGAAAUGAGCCAGUCUGUUGAGAUGGAGAAGCUGUUACUCUUAAGAUACUGGGUGUAGGGGGGGAUGCCCAAGGGAGAACAGUAAAAAUACACAAUUCUGUCAUUUUAUGAAAAUGAAACUUAGAAAAAUGACAGUUUGGACUGUGAGUGUUUGGUUCCUCCUGUGGUCUCCAAAGUAAACCCCAGAGCUAAUGUCGGGUCAGUAUAUUAAUUAAUGCAAUAAGACUUGCUUGUUUUGUGUUGCUAAAUCAAACUAAAAUUUGUAUUUUUUACUAUAUUUUUCUUAUAGCAUCUUGGUUUCAACCAAUGGAAAGUUUCUUAGUCAUUGGUGCAGCCAUAUUGGCGGUAGCAUUGUUUUUGCUACAGGUUGGCUAUGUUGGUAAGUACUAAAUUCUUUAUUCCUUACCAAUGCUGAAUAGUAUUUUAUCGUAAAAUGCUUUGCAUGUGCCCAACAAUGGAGUAAAAAGAAGUAGUAGUUAAUGCAUUAUGUUUAAAAAAAUGUGUAAGAUUUCAUAGUAUGAGCAGUUUAUGUAGCUUCUAACAUUUUCCAUUCUUGGAAAAUUACCAGGAAUAAAAGAUUCCAUUGUAAUUAAUUUCAAGUCUGAUACCCUUUAAUAUGUGACUUCUGUUGAUGGUGAUCAGUACCUUUUUCUGAUGAUCUGUUGUAGAAAGGAAACUUGUGGUUAUCGAUGACUGCUUGUUCAAGAUCUUAGCGGUACAGUGAACACAGAACACAUUUUGCUUCUUUCUAGAAGGAUUAUUAUUUUGUAAAAAAAGAAAGCUAGCUCCGAGUCUGGGGGCCCUACCACCUGUUGACCCAAUACCCCAAUCUCAGUGGGCCUGGCUAGACUUGGAACACUGAAAUGGCUUUAGCUUGAGGAACUGGUUUGGCAACCUUUCUGUCCCACCUCCACUCUUCAUUGGGGUAUUGGCUCUGUGAGCAAGAAAUAGGUGACUGCUCCUCCCUUUCUUGAUGAUCCUCAACUUGGCCAUUUAAUUUUGGGGGAGUUAUUUCCUAUGCCUGCCUACAAAUCAGUCCUACUGUGAACAACUGGAUUGAAAAAUAAUCUGAAAAUAGGUACUUGCACAGCUCAUAUCCCAAUUGCAUCUUGCUAGGAGACUUCCUAGACUGGCGUCUCAUUCAUCACUACAGGAAACAGGAUGCAGUACUUGAUAGGCCUUUGAUCUGACCUAGCAGGGCUCCUGUUGUAUUCUUAGUGCUUGAACUGUACAGCUGCGGAUAACAUUUCAAUAAAGGCUUAAGCAGCACUAGCAAAAUGCAGGGUGUGAAAUGGAGGUGCUGGGAGAUUUGGGAUCUUUCAGACAUGUUGAGGGGAGUCAGGGGAACAGAAAAUUCAUAGCAACUAUGUGCUAGACAUCUAACCUCAGAACUUAGCAUUUCACAUUAUUGAAAUAUAAAUAUAACAGGAUUAUUCCAGUGACAAAUAUGAGCCAGAACAGUGUUGUUGUUGUUUAAUUGAAUCCCAAGAGAAGUGUGGAAGCAACAGUAGAUACGGCGUCGCUGAUUGCAUUCAGCCACAAAUUCUGGUUUUGUUAUCCUUUCAAGUGACACUACCCAACAAAAUGCCCUAUGCAAGUAACAGUCAGCUCAGGGUGGAGAUACAGAAGACUGACAACAAAUGCCCACGCGCCACUUCAUGCACCACUCGCCCUAAAACAAAUAGUAACACAGUGAUGCCUCAGAGUGGUACCAUUGCGUAAGUUCACCUGGAGGUUUGAGGUAGAAUAUUCUCAACAUGUGGGUGACACCCAACUCUGUUUCUACUCCACAUCUAGUUUAGGUGAAGCAGAGGAAAUGCUAAAUCCAGCGUCUCGCUGUGCUAGUGGGCUGAAUAAGGGCCAACAAAUUGAAGCUCAGUCCAGAAAAGACUGAGGUGUUCAUCUUGUGGUUGACUGGGUUGCACUCUGCUGACGGAUUAUGUUUGCAGUCAGUUGUUUCUCAUUGAUUCAUCAUUGUCAAGCACUAGUUGUUUGGUGCCACAGAAUGCUUAGACCAGUGUUGUCUAGACAGAGAUAGCCUUGCUCUGGUGAGUUCCUGGUUAAACAACUGUAGUACUUGGUGCUGCUUUUGAAGGUGCUGCUGCUAGUUUACUAACUGGGACUGGGUACUAUGAUCACAUCAUGCCCUUGCUGCAUUAGUUGCACUGACUGUGGCUGUGCUGUGCUGAAAUCUGUCUUCCAUUCUUCAAAAACAACCACCACCACUCCCGCAAAACCAACCCCUCCCACUGUGAAAUAGGCUUCUAGGGUGGUUACUUUUUUGCUGCAUUUCUGGGGUGAUUUAGAACUUCUUAACAAUUUUGGUGGGAAUAGGGUUGAGUGUACCUUAUUGUUGUGAGUUUUUUUAGGAAGUGCAGUCACCUGGUGAGGUUUCAGAAUGCAGACCACUGGGGAGACUUGUAGGAUGAAAGAAAGCAUGCUCACAAACCGCAGCAGCCACCGUGUAAAUAAGGAAAGUGCAACAGAACUCUUGGCCCAUGCCCAUUUCCCCCCUUUGAUAAUUUUUGAAUGCAGUUUAUUUUCUUAUUAAUUGUUAUACAAUGAGUUCGGUUUUUAGUUUGGUUUUCUUAAAGGAGGAGAUAUUUUCAGCACUCGACUAAUCUCUAGCUCCAACUAGAAGGGCAAAACCAGCAAUUAGAUGAAAACCCUUCUUUUUGCAUGGGAGAAUUGAAGCAUGGCCUGCCUCUGCAUAUACCUUCCUAUGCCUUGCAACCAAAGGGCCUCUGUGGGUGCCCUGCCAUCAGAGGCAAGGGAGAUAGCUACCAGGAACAGGGCUUUCUCAGUGGUGGCUCCCAGUUAUGAAAAAUUUUCACAAGAGAAGCUUCCUGGACAUUAUCAUUUGGGUAUCAAUCAAAGCCUUUUAAUCCUUUGUGGGCUCCAUUACUGUUUUUCUUCUGUUUAUUGGUAUAAAAUUAGAGCAACCUCUUUAAUAAGUAAAUAAGGAAAGUUAAUCGCUCACGGCUUAUGCAGACACACAUAUAUAAUAGUAUACAUAGCUCAAGACCAAGAACAGAGCAUCAGAAUACAUGGUACAUUGCCAUGGUAUGCUAGUUACAAGAUUUCCCUCACAAAAUCACAGCAGUAUAGAUUAACGCGUGAUCUCCAGAGAUCGUCAAUCACUUUUGCUUCCCCAUGGCCUAUUUUUAAACAUUGGCAGUCCUGUAUGACAUUUAAAAAUCUGUAGCAUCCAAUAAAAAUGGAGUGAUGCUUAAAGGGGAGUUACUUCUUUCCUAGCAAGCAUUCUUGCUGAAUAUGGCAGACUGUCUCUGAUUGAACAAAGGCCUUAGAAGUAGAUCUGGUUACUCCACCAUUCUAGGUAAUAAUUUAUGCUGUACUGAUUCGUGUACUGUGAUGUCCGAAUGAGCCCACACCAAUGCUCCAUAUAGCAUCUGGGGAAAUAAUUUACCCUUGUAGAGCUCUAUUAAAGGACAAGGAGAAGCUCUUUGAUAUAAAGCUUCAAAGUUGCUGUAAAGAGAAGGUUACAGGAUGGGGAGAGAAAGAUUUAACUGAAAGAACUGAAUUAAAGACACAGAUAGAGUUACAGCUUUAAUAGUUUCCCCCCUCAGUUAUUCAAACUUACUUUAGCUAAAUUGUAUUUUUACACCGAGUCCUAUUUUAAACUGCUGUGAGAAUUUUAAUGAAUACCCAUACUAAAUAAUAGAUUAGUAUCAUUCGGUGUUCAGUAAAGUAACUUUUGGCAUGGGGAGACAGCCAAGGCUGAUCAUCAUUCCCAGAUAGUGGAAUACAUUUUCCGUGAAGUGAAAACUUGCUGAACAGCCAUAUAAUAAGGCUCUCUUUCUGUAUCUGACCUUACGAGCCCAUUUUAUGGUGUCCAUUAACAUGUUUCUCUGAAUGAGCCAACGUUUCCCCACAGGCAUUUAGUAUGAAAUUGCCAUGCUUCAUUCACUCAGUGUUACAGAGCAUCCACACAGCACUGUCGUUCAUUCAUUGUCAUCCUGGAUUUUCUCUGGGUUCAUACGGAGUACUUGAAUGGAAGGAGUACUUGAAACUUCACAGAUGUAUUUACCUUUAAUGCACUCUUCAGUCUUUUCUAAAGGGUGCAGUUUUUCCAUGACAGACAGGAUAACUGACCCAAGCACACCUUGGCACACCAUUACGAUAACAUUUGUGUUGAGCACCACUUUUUACUUCAUUUUAAAAAUCCACCUUUAUAAAAAACGUGAAAGAGAAAUAUUCCUAUGACACCAUACUGCUGUGGAAUUAUUGUAGUAGAGUGUUACAGCACUAUACCUGUAUUAUAGCUAAUAAAUUAGCAUUAUAGCAGUAUGGUGUUUAUAAUGCUAUACCUCUCUGUCGUUAAAAUAUUUGUGUAUGAGUGUAUGCAUUCAUGUUUGUGAUCAUUAAACGAUCAGUUUUAAGAAAUGAAUGGGAGUCAUAUAAUGGCAUCCACCACAAUGGUUAAACUAAAUGAGUGCCGGAGUCCCCACACAUAGCAACUGGGUCAUGCCCACUGGUGCACAAAGAACAUAGCAGGAUGAACAUAGGAACAUAUGAAGAAAAAGAAAAAGACAUAGUUGCAGGAACCCAAAUAACGACAAAAUAGAUGUGAUUACUGAAACAUAAGCAUGUGCAAGUAUAUAUAUAUCAGAUACAGAAUAUCCAGUCAGUGCCUGCUACAUAAACAGCAGUGAAGCUGUUGUCUUGUAGUUGUUAAUUCAAUUUAUAUACUGCUCUUUAUCAAAAGAUACCAGGGCAGUGUACAACGUUAAGAACACAUUACGGAGCAUCAAUAAUAAAAGUAUAAUAAAAAGCAUAAUAACAAAAAGCAUAAAAAAUGAUCAUAAUAACAGCAGCACACACAUACACCCACCCACACACACCGCUUUAACAGGCCAUAGAUUAUUUAAUGGCUAAAGGCCUGGGUAAAGAGGAAUGUUUUUGCCUGUUGCCUAAAGACAUGUGGUGAUGGCACCAGGCAAACCUUUCUGGGGAGAGCAUUCCACAGUCAGGGAGCCACUACAGAAAAGGCCCAUUCUCAUGUUGCCACCCUCCGGACCUCUCAGGGAGGUGAGACAUAGAGAAGGACCUCCAAUGACAAGUACAGGGUCCAGGUCAAUUUGUAUGGGGAGAGGUGAUCCUUAAGGUGUUGAGGUCCUGAGCCAUGCAAGGCUUUACAGGGCCAGGAAACUAAUUUGAAGCCAGUGCAGCUGGCGCAGGAUUGGUGUUAUAUGUGUGCUCAAACUGUCUUGUUCUGUUGAGCAUUCUGCUCAUUGAAUUUUGCACCAGCUGAAGUUUCCAAACCUCCUUCAGAGGCAGCCCCGUGUAUAUUGCAUUGCAGUAAUCCAUCCUAGAGGUUACCAGAGCAUAGGCCACAGAAGUUAGGCUAUUCAGAUGGGGGUGUAGCUGGGCCACCAGCUGAAGCUGGCAGAAGGCACUCUGUGCCACCAAGGCCACCUGGGCCUCAAAAUGACAAUAUUGGAUCCACAAGCACCCCAAGCUACUUAAGGAUAAAAUGGAGUAUAACCCCUUCAAGAGCAGGCAGUCUUCUACCUAUCCAGUCUAGUGAACCACCCACUAACAGUGCCUCAGUCUUAUCUGAAUUGAACUUCAGUUUAUUGGCUCUCAUCCAGUCCAUUAUCAAGGGAAGACCAGAAAAUUCAGGAUUUUCUCUUGUUUUGUGCUUCUUCAGAAACCAGUUGAAGAAUUAUAUUUGUGGAUGGCAGCCAUUUAUCCUCUUAUUCUUUCUUUCCUUCCAGACCCCGCCCCACCCCCAGACAUACUUUAUUCCUAUACAUUGUGAUUCUGCUACAUGUACCUAGGCAUUUGAAUCAAUCCUAGAGGGUUGUUACUCCAAGAGUGAAGAGCCCAAGUGAAGGGUUUUCAGUUCAUAGGCAAGGGGUAAAUAUAUUGAAAUGCAUGGCCUGCUGCUACUGCUGCUUAUCUGGGGAACCCCUCCUUUUCGGCUAUGCACAUAGAAAAAAAUGCAACACUGUACUCCUAAUAAUGUGGAAAGUCAAUUGUAAUUCUUUCUGUGGCUUACAAAAGAAGAGCAAUGAUUGGGUAGUGCUAGUAGCCAUCUGUUUGGCAGUUGCCUGUCUCUUUUAUUUGCAGGAUUUAAUAGGUAAUAUUUUCGUUCAAUUUGCUUCUGAAAAUUCCACAUGCCCUUGGUACAUAUGUUGAAGCACUUGAGAGAACGCAAAUUGUUAUUUAUAAUACUGUGUAAUUUAAAAUGUCAUUCAUAGGCCAGUGCCUGUUGCAGUGGGCAUUGUGAACAUUGAGGGAGUUUGUAAUGCUAGAUGUGGAUCUUCAAAGCUUACUAAUCACUUUAGACAUCACUUUGGAUACAGUACAUAUUAUUAAGCUAAAAACAGUCCCAUUGUGCUGGAGAGUACUUACAUCUGUGUGAUGUAAUGUUUCUUGGGGAUGCUAACCCAAUGCCUGUAGGCAUUAUUUCAUGGCACGCUGAUUAAGUAAACAUUCGACAGAGUAGCAAAACAGAGCAUUUCCAAUUUAUUGCUGUGCUGCAGAGGUAAACUAUAAGACAGCUACUGCUUUAAUGUAUCAGAAAACAUGAGUAUAGUGAGAGGUGAUUACUGAUAGCUGUUCAGCUUUUAAAUGCUGCUCUUUAGAAUUCUACUUGCAAUGUUUCUUUCUCUCACACAUGCUUUUUAAAACACGGAAAUCAUGCUGUGUCUUUUUUUUUUUUUUAACCACGUGCAACAUCUACAAAGAUGAUUCUGGAACAGAGAAACGUACCUGGCAGUUUGUUAACAGUGCCUAGGGCAGAAGAGAGCACAGCUGGUGUUACUGAGUGUACAAUUUUUCCAACUUCUUUUCUUUGGAAGGCUCCCAAAGUACUGUAUAAACCUAUGAACCAUCAGUCUUUGAAGCAAACCACUUCUGUAACUUCGCUAAUUUAACUGGGUGUCUUUAAAAAAAGAAAAGGAAGAAGACUGGCAUGUUCUGUUGAAUAGGAAGGAAGAAUUUAGGAUCUGAUCUGUCUCACACAUGAAGCUAACAGCAGACGAAUUGAACUCUAUGCCAAGCACUUCUGAUUUGAAAUAGAAUCUUGGAGAAUACAGCAACACAUAGACAGAGCUGUAGAUUUUGCUUGUGGCCAGUAUUGUAUGGCACAGGUGGAGUGUUUGCUGCUGGGAGGAAGAGGAGUGCAGGAACGCAGCAUCUCUGAAGUGGCCUCCUAUUGACAUGACAGAAAGUAGUAAUGGGGGCAGGAAGUCUUGGAGCGCAUAGUUGCAGUUGUCCCUUUGAUAUUGCCAGUUUGAGUCUCUCGGAGUUUUACAGGUUGUGUAGAUGAUUGCUACAGAUUUCACACAGCCGAUCCUGAAUCUGCUAUUGUAUGAACCUUUAGUGGAGGAGUUGGAAUUUUUGUUUCAGUUACAAGUGUAGGAUGAAUAAUGUGUGCCAGUAGUAGAAAGGGGCAGGCAAACCAUUUGAAUUUAACACAGAGGCAUCUAAAGCAAAUGAGAAUGUUCAUAGCAGGACAUAAAUGUAUGGCGGCAGCAUGGAGGGGAGUAGUGUUCAUGGAGGCAGCCAUUCUUUUCAACAUAUUCUCAUAGAGCGAUGGAAAGCCAUCACCCCACUUGCAUGUGCGUUCAAAGCGUGUAGCAACAAAGAGACCAGGCUUUAAGGAAUCCAACUAUCCCUAAUUGCAUGCAAUAACAGAAGGAAGCCAACAUUUCUGUCAGGGGACUGCCAUCGGAACAGGGAAGGGAGGCAGAGGGGCAGUUGGGAUACAGGGAACCUCCGAAAAUCUUGCAAAGCAGUUCCUCUUCCUGCGGUGGGGAAAGCCACACCUCCAGUGGGGAAGAGGGGAAGGGACCAGAGGAUGCUGCUGGGAGCCCCAGCGCCUUACUCCGUAGUCUGAGGGUGGGAAAGGCCACACCUCCCGGGUAAAGGAGGGGAAAGGGCUAGAGGAUGCUGCUGGGAGCCUCAGCACUGCUCCUUGCCAAGCCGGCCAGGAGGGAAGCAUGCCUUUUCCGUCGCCCACCUUGCGCAGAGGUGUAAAACGCAAAGAAGGAAGGAAAAGGCUGGGGGUGACUAAGCUCUUAUGCUGGGGAAGGACCUGGAAACGACCACUCCCAGAUUCUGCUAGCGACUGAGGCAGACAUGAACUUGUGGUUCUGGACUGUAAAUAGUUUUGCACCAAAAUAAAACCUGUAAAAGACAGGUCAGAGUCAUGACUGGUUACUCACGAGCAACCACCAUUGCCAUUUGACAAUUUCCUUUUUUUUUUUUUUAAUACAUUUUUAUUAAUUUUCAUUGAUUAUACAUAUAUACAGUCUAGAUUACAUAAGUUGCAUAUAAAAUAGCUUUUACAAAAUCAUAUAUAUAGUACACAAUUAUUUAUAGGCUCCACCGAGCCUCGGACUUCCCUUCACUUUAUUGAUAAGUAUCAGAUAAUUUCUAAAGUUACAUGUUUUAUCUCCUUUACAUAUUUGCCAAACACUGUUAGAGUUAUUCUAACCCUGCCAGAGUCCUCAAAGUUCUAUACUUAUCUCUUAUAUACGUCAGAUAUUUAUUCCAAUUUUCAUGAAACUUCUGGUCAUCCUGGUCUCUUAGUCUUCCUGUUAUUCUAGCUAGUUCAACAUAAUUUAUCAUCUUGUUCUGCCAGUCGUCUAUAGUAGGUAUUAAUUCUGUUUUCCAGCUUUGGGCCAACAUAUUUCUAGCGGCCGCUGUGGCAUAUAGAAACAGAUUUUUAUCCUCUUUUUAAUUUCCUUGCCAACUAUUCCUAGCAGGAAAGCUUCAGGCUUUUGGGAAAAGUAUAUUUAAAAAUCCUUUUAAGCUCAUUGUAGAUCAGUUCCCAAAAGCCUUUUACUUUCCUGCAUGUCCACCACAUGUGGUAGAACUCACCAUCUUCCUCUCCACAUUUCCAGCACUUCUUAUUCUUCAGUUUGUAAAUCUUAGCCAAUUUCACUGGUGUGAGAUACCACCUAUGAAUCAUCUUCCAGAGAUUCUCCCUUAAUGCCGUACACGCCGUGAAUUUCAUAUUUACAUUCCACAAUUCCUGCCACUUUACAAAGUCAAUGUUGUAACCAAUGUCUAUGGCCCAUUUUAUCAUAGCCUCCUUCACCUCUUCAUCUUUUGUAUACCAAUCCAGUAAAAGGUCAUACAUCCUAGAUAAUGUUUUGUUUUUGCCUUCAAUAAUUUCUACAUUAAAUUUAGAUUUUUAUCUUCAAAUCCCAGUUUCUUUUUAUCAUCUUUUAACAGAUCAUUCACUUGAUGGUAUUGCAACCAUCCCGUAAGUACAUUCUUUACCUCCUCAUAGGGCUUGAGUUUUAUGCCCUGAUCAGUUUUAUUGAUAAGUUCUUCAUAGGUGGCUCUUUUCCCUUCCAUAUUAGUUUUUUAACAGUUAAGACAUCAAUUGGUGAGAUCCACCAUGGAGUUUUCUUUUCCAGCAAGUUCUUAUUUCUUUCCCAUACUUGAAAUAAUGAUCCUCUGAUUAUAUGAUUUAGAAAGCCUCUAUGAACUUUCACCUUUUAGUACCACAGGUACGAGUGCCACCCGUACCUGUUAUCAAAGCCCUCUAAAUCCAAGAUAUCAGUAUUCUCUAACUUUAUCCAGUCUUUCACCCACAUUAAACAAGCCGCUUCAUAGUAUAGACUCAAAUCUGGUAAAGAAAAACCCCUCUUUCUUUUUGUCUACCAAUAUUUUCAUUUUUAUUCGUGGUCUUUUCCCCUGCCAGAUAAAUCUCGCUAAGAUCCUUUGCCAAUCUUUACACUGUUUUAGUCCUUUCAUUACUGGUAUAGUUUGGAACAAAAAUAACAUUCUGGGCAGGACAUUCAUUUUAAUAACCGAGAUCCUCCCUAAGAAAGAAAGUUUCAAUCUCUCCCAGAUUUCUAAGUCUUUCUUGACACCCUUCCAAGUAGCCUCAUAAUUAUCUUUAUAUAAGUUUAUAUUUUUUGCUGUGAUCCACACUCCUAAAUAUUUUACCUUCUUAACAACCGUAAUUCCUGUCCUUUGUUCUAGCUCUGCUAUCUCUUCCUUGGUUAUAUUUUUUGUUAUCAUUUUGGUCUUAUUCCUGUUAAGCUUAAAACCUGCCACUUUUCCAAAUUCUUCUAAUUUCUGUAAGGCUGCUUGUAGACUGUUCUUAGGAUCUUCCAAUGUUAAUAUCAAGUCAUCUGCAAAUGCUUUUAUUUUGAAUUCCUUACUUCCUACCUUAAUUCCUUUAACUUCCGGUGUUUCCCUUAACCUUUUAUUAAACACUUCCAACACUGUUAUAAAUAACAAAGGGGAUAAAGGACAACCUUGCCUAGUCCCUUUGGCAAUAUCAAAGGCCUCCGAUAUAUUGUUAUUUAUUAUAAGUUUGGCAUUUUGCUCUUGAUAAAUUGCGUCAAUACCUUUUCUAAAUCCUUCACCAAUUCCCAUCAUUUUUAAAUUUUCCUUCAUGAAACGCCAGGAGACGUUGUCAAAUGCCUUCUCGGCGUCAAUGAAGAUCAGCGCCGCCUGUUUGUCUAUUCUAGUAUCCAAAUACUCAAUGAUGUCAAUCACAUUUCUUACGUUGUCUUUCAGUUGUCUCCCGGGAGGAAACCCGUUUGGUCUUUAUGGAUUCUUUUAUUUAAGACUUUUUUAACCUUUCUGCCAGUACGUCUGCGAAUAAUUUAUAGUCGUUAUUUAGUAACGAAAUAGGUCUAUAAUUUUUUACCUCUAAACCAUCUGUGUCUUUUUUAGGGAUUAAGGUAAUAUACGCUUCUUUCCAGGUGUUUGGAAUUCUCCCUUCUCCAUUUGACAAUUUCCAGAAGCCUAAAAAUACAUUUUACAAACUCUUAGAAUUGCAGAUACCAUUUCCGCUAUCCUCGUCUCCCACUUCCGGUCUUGCCUCUUUAAAAGCCUUUGGUGGAAUGCAACCAGUUUGCACUAGGCACAUCAUUCCCAUUUGGCAAAUAUGUGGAUGCUUUAGAUUAUGCAUAAGUGUACAAAUAAGCACCGUAGUAAAUUCUGAACUGCAGAUGCUCUUUAUGACAACUCCCACAGCCUGCCCCUUAUAAGACUAUUUUACAAAGCUGAACUUUUUACUGAUGCAGACAUUGUGGUCUCAGUAAUAAGGCAUUUCCCCUCCCCUCAUACUUCUUUGAGCCUUUUCCUGAAUUCCACCCUGAUGAAGAGUUCUGGCGGACCUAAAAACUUGCUCAUUAUUUUCUGGGAAAUUGUUUGGUCAUAAAAAGGGUCUUUUUCAGAACAAUGGUGGCAUUUUAGCCCUUAGUCAUGCAAGCUAGUGUAACUUACCUUUCUUCUGAUUAGCUUACUUGGUGGGUUUCUCUUUGGGAGAAGCUGAUUUAUUUGGCAUGCAGAAGAUUGGCAGAUAGCACCCCAGAAGAUAAUCACCUCUGUUGUGAAGUAGGUGGUAGUGCCUCAUCCUUGCCUGUCCCUGCUUCACUGCACCUCUGUAAGUGUGGUAUGGAAUGAUUACAGCAGCAUAAACAUGUUUAUGUAGUUUUAUUUAUAAUCACCACUGUCCAAAAUCACUUGCAGAAACGUUCAGCAUAUAUAUUCUGUUGAUGCUUUUUCUUCCAGUAGAUCAUAGAAUCAGAUGAAAUGUAAAAGCAGCAUAUUUGUGUUUAAGUACUUUAGUGUUUAAAUUCUCCUCCCCUUUUCAUUUUUACUUAAAGCUGUGAAGUUUGAGAUGAGUCUUCUUAAGAAGAUCAGCUUUGGUCUUGUAGCACUAAUAGUCAUGAUUAUUGUUGUGCCUGGUGCUGCUCUUUUGGUCAAAGGUAAGUGUCAAAAAUUAAUAUCAUUACUACUUUCCAUCCUUCAGUCUGAAGGUUCCAAGGGCGGUACAUGGUUAAAUAUCUCAGAACCAUAAAACAAUAAUACAGUGGUACCUUGGUUCUCGAACUCAAUCUGUUCUGGAAGUCCGUUUGACUUCCAAAACGUUCGCAAACCAAGGCGCGGCUUCUGAUUGGUCCCAGAAACAAUGCCAACAGCCGAAACAGACGUUCGGCUUCCAAAAAGCGUUUGCAAAUCAGAACACUUACUUCUGGGUUUGCAGCAUACGGGAGUUGAUUUAUUUGGGAGCCAAGUUGUUCGGGAACCAGGGUACCACUGUAUAGUCCAAACAGAAAAAAACAAAAAUCAGAAAUGGCAAGCAAUCAUGCAUCCAGGACCUCUCAGCCUGCAUUUUAGGCCUGGGGAGACAAGUAUGUCUUCAGAUGACAUUUAGGGGACAAACAAACCUCUGUAGGGAGGGAAUUCCACAUCCGUAGUGUGCCACAUUACUCUGCCAUGAUCUAUGGAUAUCAGUGGUACCAUGAGCAAGUCAUGCAGAUCUUAAAGCAUGGGCUGACCAGUAACAAGGGAGCUGGUCCUUCAGGUAGUUGGGUAUUAAAUAGAGCUAGAGCUUUGUCUACCAGUGGGUGCACCUCAGAUUGGUUCCAGUAGCAGGCAGAUAGCCAGUGCAGAUUCUUGAGGACAGGUACAGGGUGAGUCCUUUAAAAGAAGCCCCGUGGAUACAGAGUACACAUGUUCCAUGGGGCCUCUUUUAAAAGACUCAUGAUGCCACUUUGCAACAUCUGUCAGUAACCUGGCUGCCAUGCUGUAUACCACCUGCAGUUUCUGGACCAAUUUUAAGGGCAGCACCACAUGGGGCAUGUUGCAGUAGUCUAUUGGAGAGGUUGCCAGAGCUGGUGAACCAGCCAGAACUGGACAUAACCACUGAAGCUACUUGGGCAUCAGUAGAGCUCCUUCAAGCUUUGCAGAAGGUUUUAUAUACCAGGUACGGGAGAUGAGAAACCUGUUCAAAUAAAGGAAAAGGGGAAGUUAUUACCUUCUGCACAGGGAAAGGGAAGGAAGCUUGUAGGCCUCAGAUGCACCCUUAAUCUAAUAAUAAUAAUAAUAAUAAUAAUAAUAAUAAUUAUUAUUAUUAUUAAUUUAUUUAUACCCCACCUAUCUUGCUGGGUUUCCCCAGCCACUCUGCGUGGCUUCCAACUGAAUAUUAAAAACACAAUACAGCAUCAAACAUUAAAAAACUUCUCUAAACAGGGCUGCCUUCAGAUGUCUUUUAAAAGUAUGAUAAUUGCUUAUUUCCUUGACAUCUCCUGGGAGGGUGUUCCACAGGGUGGGCGCUGCUACCGAGAAGGCCCUCUGCCUGGUUCCCUGUAACCUCACAGCCAGGGAACCGCCAGAAGGCCCUCGGCGCUGGACCUCAGUGUUCGAGCUGAAGAAUGGCACACAAUCCUGCCCCUCCUUCAGAUUUUGUUAAUGCUAGGAAAUAGUUCUCUCCAAUUCACAGCUCAUACCAAUUCAUACCAAGUAGAAGUGAGAGGGACAGUUUAAUCUAAUAGCACCUAGAUUUGUAUGCACAGGGCCAGCAACACUGGUUCAUUUUCUGGUGCUCUACUUGGAUCUGAUUUAACUUGUUUGUUUGACUUUUAUUUACUAAAUUAAGGGGGGGGACUUACUAAUUGUAUUCACUGUAUAAAUAUUUUUUCUAGUAGUCAAAUAUUUAAAUCAAAGUAUUCGGUUAGCUAAAAAAAAAGUUAAUAAAGCAUACUUAUUGUAGUUUAAAUGCUACUUUCAAACAAGCCCAGAGCUUCAUUUUGUUUUAUUUAACACAUGACAGUUCAAUAGCAUGCUCUUUAAAAAAGUAAAACAUAAAUGCAUUGAAAAUUGCUAACAGACUAAUUUUAGCAUGCCCAAAGAGCUGUGAAUUGGAGAGAACAAAAUCUGGGGGAGGGGCAGAAUUGUGUGCCACUCUCAAACUUGAACAAUCUGUGACUAUACCAGAUUGUGAACCGUGAGCCUAAUUCUCUAAGUGAUGCUUUUCUGCAACCCCUUUUAAUUUCCGUGGGAGAUUUCAAGGACAGGCUUUUUAUUGUUUGCAUGCACUCACCUUCUUCCUAUUGUUAAUCCUUUUCUUGUUCAGUAUAAAUUAGUCAUGUCAGAAAUAGCUAGGAGUGGUAAGAUGACCGAGUACUGUGGCCUUAGUUUGUUUUUGCUUUGAUUUCAGAUGUGGGGGAUAGUUGGCCAUCCAAAUGUUGCUGAACUACAGCUCUCAUCGUCCCCGGGCAUUGGAUAUAACUUGCUUUGAAUGAUGAGAGUUAUAAUUUAGCAACACCUGGAGAACAAAAAGGUUCCCCACACCUGCUGUAUUUCUUUCGCUGUGCAAGCAUUAUGUGUAAAAGAUCAACAAGAAUAUGAAUUAAGCUAAGAGGCUGAGAGGGUGCAUCACAUGUUCCAAGAAAGGCCUGCAGUCUCCAUUGACAAAGUUGGUAACAGUUAGAAUCUUAAUCUGAAUGUUAGCUUUUCAAGUAAAAGAGCACCUUUUUUCUGAUUUAGUAGUCUUGAUAUGAAUGCUUUUGUUAUGUGACUAGCUUGGGUGGUUCUGGAGCGCUGUUUAUUACAUCCUGUUAUGGAAACAGUUCUAGUUUCCUCUUGCAGAGGGCAUUUAAGUAGGUCACCUUCAUAAUUUGCUGCCUCUUUUAGGAUAUGGUAAACACUGUUACUUUAAAGGGGUAGGACUCUUGUGAUUGUAUCACUUAAUUUUUAUUGUCCUUGAGGCUGUCCAGUACUGUUCCUUUCUUAAGAACUAGUAAUAAAUGGUGUAUUCCAAGAAUACAAUGGGUAAAAUAAUAUAUAUUUAUUUGGGGCACAAAUGUGUUGGGGUGUUCUUUUCCUCUAAAUCAAUAGCUUUAUGGGUUGCAGGAUUUAAGAGCAAGGGGUAACGUAGAGUCUAGGUCAAAGUAACACUUGGCUUGCUUUCCCUGAAUAGUAACUGUUCUUUUCCUUUUUUAUUUCAUUUGGCUUCUUGCAGAGGGCUUUACAUUAGCAUCUCAAUUUGGCCUUGGCUUAGUUGUACUCCCUACUAUCCUUUUGGUGCCGCCUCUCUUCUUUGUGUUUCAAUCAGGUGAGAAUCUGUUACUUUACUAACUCGUGAACUUGUUUUCAUAAUCCAUUGUGGUGAGGGAAGAGGAAGCAGAAAGGGAAGAACCCCUUAGAUUUGUAGGGUUGUAGAUCUUUUUAACAAUGCUAGCUCCAGCCCUGUACUGGAGAACCUCUGGGAUAAAUUUUAGCAUUACAGUCAUGCCUCGCAAUUCAAACGGAAUCCGUUCCAGAAGUCCGUUCGACUUCGUUCGGAAACGAAGGCGCGGCUUCCGAUUGGCUGCGGGAGCCAAAAUGUUCAAGCCACAAGGCGUUUCUCAACCAAGGUACGACUGUAUUGAGGUGUAGCUUGUGUCUGCGUUGUGGCAUUUCACUGCAGAUGCUGGAGAGAGCGAAUUUUUGUUUCCUCCUUUGCCAUUCACAGAAGUGUGGUGAUACUUGAAGCCAAUAGGUAAGUUGGCCUCAUCUGCCAAUGUUCCCUGACAGAGACAAGAAGCUAAGCUGCAAAGAUUGUUUAACUUGGUAAAGAUAAGUGGAUGAAUCCAAUACUCUGAUUAGCUCUGAUAUAAACAUGUGUGCACCUAAGUGCGGAAAGUUAGAUGGAUCGAGGAAUGCAGCUACUUGUCUUUGGUAUAUCAUUUCUGUUUCAAUAUACAGCGUUAUAUGUACUGUGAUGUAAUAAGAUAAAUUAAAUGAGACAGCCUAGCUUUGGGAGGUUUUUUGGUUGUUUUUACUUAACAUUCCAUGUAGCACACGUUCACACUGGUUUCAGUUACAUUUCAGAAGGUGUUUACUUUGUUCCAUUUUUCACUUAUGUAUCUUUUUGGUUUUGCCAUUCUUUUCUCAAUAACGUAUGAUUAUUUCCCCAGUUUUCGAGAAGCCACCGCUCUUUGCAAUUAUUCUGAUAAUUCUGAAAGCGCUUGGAUAUUUAAUUGCUGUGGCAGGUUUGGCUACAAGUUUGCCAGGUGAGCAAUGUAUUUUAUUUUACUGAAAUUCUUUACAUUUUUUGUUCCCUAGAAAUUACUUACCCUUUAUACUAUCAAGGGGAAUCAGCUUGCUAGCACACUUAACAAAUAUCCUACAAAGCAGCUUGUCUGCAUUAUGAAAUGCACAAAGGGUUUGUGAAAUCCACACAGGAUUUCAAUUUCAUUGUUCCGCAAGGGACAAUGACAAUAAAGAUAUCGUAAUCGUAAUCGUAACAGGGUUUUAUAGAACAGGGAUCUAUGAGGACUUGGAGCUACUAUUUUAUCUCUUGAACAAUUGCCUGAAGGUGGUGUUACCUUCUAAUUAGAACAGCUAUGCCAUGUACUGGGACGCGGGUGGCGCUGUGGGUAAAACCUCAGUGCCUAGGACUUGCUGAUCGUAAGGUCGGCGGUUCGAAUCCCCGCAGCGGGGUGAGCUCCCGUCGUUCGGUCCCAGCUCCUGCCCACCUAGCAGUUCGAAAGCACCCCUAAGUGCAAGUAGAUAAAUAGGUACCGCUUUAUAGCGGGAAGGUAAACGGUGUUUCUGUGUGCGGCACGGGUGCUGGCUCACCAGUGCAGCUUCGUCACGCUGGCCACGUGACCCGGAAGUGUCCUCGGACGGCGCCGGCUCCCGGCCUCUUGAGUGAGAUGAGCGCACAACCCUAGAGUCGGUCACGACUAGCCCAUACGGGCAGGGGUACCUUUACCUUUACCAUGCCAUGUACUGCUGCAUUUUGUAAGUAGGAGCUAAAGGGUUUGCAUUAAAUUGUUAACUUUGUAAUACUGCAUAUCCUAAAGAUUCACUCAGAGCUACUGCUGACCUUUUUUGUAAUUAUUUUAAUUUGUGCCCACAUUCUUAGUGUGUGUAAUGUGUUUGUGCGCCUGCCCGCGCAUGCACACACACACAUGCAGUUUUCACUUACUGCAGCAGAGAAAAUUGUGAACAUAAAUCUUUUCACAUUUAGAUGCAUUUCUUUACUCUUAACAGCAUUAAACAUCAGCAAGAUGACAGAAUGUGUGAAAUGACUGAGUUUCAAAUAUUUAAAGGUUGUCUUUCUAAGGGUGGCCAGCCAGAAAUAAUAAUAGCAUACUAGACAUCUAAAUUUGCGGUGCUAUUUUGGUGGGGGCGUGGAGAUUGUGCUUAGAUUUGAGUUUAGAAAAAGCUGCCUCUGUGAAAUUACAUUUAUUGCAGCCUUUUAAAAAAUAAAGCAAUAGAGCUGCUUUUUUUUUUUUUUGGUCCUAAAACCUUGUUUGAAUAAAUUAUCUUUAACUGCAGGCAUCCAGUCUUCAGCCCUUUCCACUGCUCUAAAGCAAUAUUCAAUGUUUGGCAAAUAAAGCGGCAGUAGCUCUGUUCUAAUGGCUCUGUAUGCUCGCCUCUUAUCUUUCUUAUUAGAUAAAGGCUAGUUCAGGGUUGCAGUGACUCCUGUGGAUUGCAGAUACUCAUUUGAGAUCACAAAAUAUCUGAAAGGAGUUUGAUUUUGCUAUGCAGUUUCUAGUCUUUUCCUUUGGCAUUAGUGAGAGGUCCACCACCACACCACACCAGCCCACAAAAUCUGGGGUCUCUGAUUAAUGAAGAGGAAAUUGAUUGUAUGCAUUCUUAAAUUUCAGCAAGAUUACUAAGCUUUGUGUAACUGUGUGUCAAAGUCAUUGCAUAGAAUUUUGCAGAAAAAAAAAUUUUAGGCUCACGGUGACUCAUUUUAACACAAGCCUAUUCAAUAAGUUCGUCAAGUGUGUGAGUUGUUCUUUGGCAUCCAGCAUCUAAAUAUUUCCUCCACACUCACCAUUUUGAGUUUAAAAAUAAUUGUGUUUGUAUUGGGGGUUUUCCCCCCCUGUCCUAGAUGGAAGUAACAUCUGUUCUUCAGUCUCCUGUCAAUAACUUCAUUGUUAGUGAAUAAUAUUUUAAUUUCACUAAACUGCAUAUUAUCAAAGAAGAUGUUUGUGAUCCAGGUUUUAGCAUAAAACCAUUGAAAUUAUGAGUCUUGGAGACCAAUGCUUGCAAAAAAUUAAAAUACAGCCAAGUGUAUUUGUUUGCUGUUGGUUUUUGACCCACAGUUCCUUAAUAUUUUUCUGCAUAUUCCUUAUGGUGGUUGAUGCAUGUAAAAGAUACAGCAAAACCUGACACUUUCUGUAGCAAUUAAUGUGCACAUUGGUGCAAGAUGUUAUGGCUGUAGAUCUUUUCCUAAGUGUUGUAGUUACACUGCCAGACCAACUCAGAAAAUAGAAACAAAAAUGCUAACCUAAAUACUCCAUUUUCUCUCUCUCAACAGAAUGCCCACCAAAACAAACUUCUCUUGUGAUUGCAGGCUUAGGAAUUAUGGAUAUUGUAGCAGCAAUUGCUUUCAUUUAUAUGGUUGUUAUUGGUAAGUACUAUUUACUUAGAGUAUACAUGAAAUGCUUUAUCUUAAAAUCAAAUGAAUAUUCAAACAAAGUUCUUGUUUAGUGCCGUUUCGGAGAGGAUUGACCAGAAGAUCACAAAUGCAGGUUGCCUUGUGUACGAGCAAGGGGAACCCUCACAUCCAGGGGCCAAAUGCAGCCUUUCCAGUGCUUCUUUCCAGCCCUCAGGACUCUCCCCAGGUCACACUGCUCACAGAUCCUGUUCUGUACCCUCAUUGAGGGCUCUUGACUGGCUGAGAUGUGUCCUUGAGCUAUGAUAAUGCCCCUUGCUUGCUUGCCUGGAUGGAGGAUGUGUAUGUGGGGGUGUGUAGAUAGAAACCAGUGUAGCUGAAAUGUAGCCUCCUGUACAAAGGGAAGAGUUGCAUUCUUUGUUCUACCUCUGGCUCCACCUACCUUUUGCCUUGGGUCUCGCCCACCACUGGCGUGCAGCCAGGGAAAGUGGCCCUCAGACUGAGAAAGGUUCUCCAUACAUGGGGUGAUAUCAUGCAAAAAAAGUUCCUUUACCACACGAGUAGAUUUGGGGAUGGCACAUGGGGAGAGGAGAGGGAGGUGAAGUACCAAUGUGAAAACAGAAAUCCUUGGGCUAAUGGAACUACUUUGCUGGAUAUUGCACCUAGCCUAUCAGAUAAAUACUUGGGGCACUGUGUAGCAUUGUUUUGAAGGAGGGAUGGCAGUUGACAGUGGAUCUCACUGAUUUGUCUCUGUUUGCAAGGGUUAUAUUGGGCUGUUUUUAAGUCCUGUGCCAUGAGUACAAUGAGCUGCCUUCCAUUGAGUGGUGUGGAGCCUAUCAUUCUCCUUUCUUUCAGAAAAAACUUUUUACGGGAAAUAGAAGGUGCUGAUGUUGAUCAGUAGGGGCACAUAUCCAGCAACUGAGUUCUAUAAGGCAUCUUGUGAUGCAUUCUAACACAGAUCAAUAUUUUUGGUCUGGGGGAUCUAUUGAUAAAAGGAAAGCAAUCAGCAAUCAAACUUGGGGGCACAUAAUCAGGUCCCAGGCUUACUUGUAGUAGAACUGUAGUUCAACAUUGGGCCCCAGAUGUUGUUAGCCUACAACCCCCUUCAUACCUGACCAUUCAUUCAGCCGGGGAUGAUGACAGCUGUACUUCCAAUAUCAUUUUGGGGACUCAAGACUGAAGAAGCAGUAUGCCUGCAUUGUAAAUGAAGGGAAGGUGAGUUUGCUGAUUGGAGAGAAAAUGGGGUUGGGUUGGGUAGGCAGUUGUUGUCUAUGUAUACCUGAAAAUAUUUGGUUUGGAUUUUCUAUGUGCGAGUUAUGUGGAUGAAGAAUGUGAGGGUUGCUCUGGCACAAAUGCUGCUUAAUAGGUAUUCAAAAAAUAAAUGAAAUGAAAGUUUGCAAGCUAGACAGUAAUAAUACAUCUGUGUGUAUCUUGCACAUAGGCCUUGAAGUCUUUGAGCUGAAAUAAUAGAUAUCACAUGGUUAAAACUAUCCAGAGAAGCAUGUAACUUGGCCCAUGGAUAUAACGGGGCUUUCUGAUUCUUAGCCCCCCCCCCCCAUGCACAGCAGCAUCACUCUUUGAAACUAUGCCUUGGAGGCUGCUGUUCAGAGGAAAAGGUUAAGCCCUUUAAAGUUUUUCUAAGCUUUGUGGGUGCUUCAGAAGGAAGGAACGCUUCUGCACUUCUUUCACAAACUUAUUGAGGAGGUAAACAUGAAGAGAUUGGAACUGCAUUCACACAAUCUAUUCCAAAAGUGUUUUGUGUACGUAGCUUUUUGUUCUAUGUAUCCAUGUUCCACAGUUGCUUCUGAUACAGGUGUGAAGGGAGAGGAGUAGUACUGUGUAAUUGUGAUCUUCUCGGCUGGGUCAUGAUUGACCCAAAGCUGAAUUAUGCGCUGAAUUGCACUAUGACCAUGAUUCCAUUGUUUUGUCUAUGUUUGUGUGUGAGAGUGCAUCUUUUUUUUAAUUUUUAGUAAACUUAUGUCCUGCCUUUCCACCUGAAGACUUCCAAAGGUGGCUAACAGCAUAAAAUUUUUAAAAAGCAAUUAUCUGCUGAUAGUGAUAGAUACAAGAGCUGAGCAGACUUCUGCUUUUUGGAACCACUUUGUGUUUUGUACUGGAACUCCAGCCUAUAUGUCCACCUCUAGUUAGUGUUAAAGGACCAUGGUUCAUUUUAUGUCUAAGAAAUUGUUCUGAGUGACAGAACUGAUGAGGUCUCAGUCCUUCAACACAAGUACACUCCUGGUUCCUUGUUAGCUUUCUUCAUUUCAGCAGCCUAAUUUAGUUGCGGGAAGUUGUUGCUACUGUAAAAAUAAAAAUCGAGCACCGGAAACCCUUGCCAAUCUAAUGUCAGUUGCCCAUGAGUCUACUAGUACAUUGUGCUCUAACUUCUAACCAUCACUGCUUUAAAACAGGUAAAGUGGGCGGUAGCAGGUUUGUUUUUGUUGUUUUUUUAAGCCCACAGCAGCAGCCAAAUAAAUUAAGAAAUGGCAGUUGGAAUAAAUAAGUCCUUAAGAAGUGGUGAAAGAUCGUUAGUGGUGAAGAAACAGCCAGGGACAGGAAGGAAGGAAGGGAGAGGAGGAUAGAAGGAGAGACAAAUAUAGUCACACAUUGUAAGAUAAAAGCCAAAGUGGGUCUUCCAGGCAGGUGUGUGUUCUGCAUCUGAAAAAGCUGAAGGCUACUGCUGUGGAAUCCAUGCAUGCAUGGCUAUGAACUCUGCUUCUUUGCUUUGGGUCGUAGAGGUGGAAAGUCCUGCAUGUGUACCAUUUUCAUUCUGUAUACUGCAUUCCAAUAGCAAACAUGAAAAGGGAAGGAGGGACAUGUGGUUUUAACCAAAGAUAUAAAUAUUGAAUCCACACAAUUCGUGCUUUGAACAUGCACUCCUGGAAAGCUUGCAAGAAUGCAGGUCUGGGCCAAGAAAGUAACUUUGCACGAGCAACCAGAAGAAAAGCUUUGCUUCUGUCACACUCCUGCAAUGUUUAAAAGGUAAGCAUGGGAAAAGCAAGGAGGAUGAGACGGAGACACAAGUUAAGAAGUAGAAAGGAAAAGAGAACAUAUUAGACAAUGGCCUCAUUGCAGGUAAUGCUAAAACCAUGAAUUGUCACAUGUUUCCCUCUUGCCUCUCCUCCUGUGUGAUUGGAAGGAGUUUGCUAGCCUUUACUUUCUGUUUCACAGCAUCUCUCAGCAAACAUCACGUACCAGUAGGAGGUGCUGGCUUAAACAAGCUGUGCUUCAUGCGCAACAACUGAAAGUAAAUGUUAGUAGCCAUGUAGGAAGAAGGCAGGAAGGGGACAGAGCAUGAGUCCAAGGCUUUGGCUGAAAUUCUUUCUUGGUCGUCUUAUGUCCCUGCAUAGUGGUGAUUAGAUUUGUGUGCUUUGAGUAUCCAGUAAGAAAUUGUGCUAUAUUUUUACUUGUAACCAUAGGUACCAGAUUCAAAGAUCAUCAGCCUCCAAAGGUAAGCUUAAAAUUAAUGCAUACGGGGUUGCUGGAUGACUCAGGUGAUACAUAAUGUGAUUCUGAAUCUUUCACAAUUGGUUUGAUCAGAUUGGUAGCAAGUAGAAUCACGGCAAUGAGAAUUCUUGCCAUAUUAAUAGGUUAUGUAGACAUGCAACCCUGGCUUGCCUCAUUAUUCAUUCAACUCUUUAUUCAUUCAACAUCUUUUCCCAUCUCCUUCAUUAUACAAAGACUACAGAGUGGAGACUUGAAUUGCAGCUUUACCACUCAUACAUUGGAAUCGUUAAGAAUGGGAGAAGUAACCUUUUUUAAAAUAAAAAAAAAGCUAGAAAAAUUUGAAACAUUUGAAAAAUAAAAUCAAGGCAAUGCAUUUCAGGUAACUUGUAUACUACAGCUUUGAACGGUGAAAUGGUAGUAGAUUAAAGCCUAAAGAUUAAUCUCAGGCCCCAGUUCAGCACUUCAGAGAGUAGUUCAAUUUGACUCUUGAUUCCUUCAGAGGCUGCUCAGUUCACCUCAGGUCCCAUUUUCCAUUUGGUGAAACCAAAGCUUUCCUGGGUUCAUUUUCCUGCAAGGAAAGCUUUUACGGUUUUGGAGUGGUUAAAAAAGAAUGAAUCCAAUCUCCUCUACUUUGUUGUGGUAAAUUUGUUAGGGGAUACUGUGUGUCUUCAAGAGAUAUGUGCUUCCCUAAAGGUGAAAACCUGCCAAAUUUCAGAAACAUAAAUGCGGGAGGGGGGGUUGUGCUAGGUGCCUUUUAAAGGGAUUUGCUUUCCUCCUUGUGGUUUUGGGGGAAGUUAUUUUUGUAUGAAAAUGGCAUACUUUCCUAGGAACACCUCUACAGUGUAACAUGCAGAAUUUCAGAAGGAUGGGUGCUUGGGAUAGGGGGAUAAGAGGAGUGGGGGGGGGAAGCCCUGCUUCAAGCUUAUUGCUCUGCUCAGUUGACCCCAGAAAGUCUCAGAAUCGAAGUACAAAGCUGUGUGUGCACGUGCCAGAGGCCAGCAGCACUAGAAGAACUAACAAGAACAAGGAUAUUUAUUUCUUCAGCAUUCUUACCCCAAAACACUGCAGUUAGAGUCCACUAGUAAAGGAUCAUUCCCCCCAAUUAAAACCCAACCUUGUCAGUCACAAAUAUAUUCUCCCCAGCUCCCCCCUUCCUUACUCUGAUUUUUUUAUUUUCUUAUCAGCUUGGGGGGAGAAAUUUACUGGAGGCCCAUUAAACUGCUCAAGGUUAUUCGGAGGGGCUCACUUGAGCUCAGCUAAGUUUCUGAUCUUUCCAAAUUGUUCUGAUUUGGCCGAGGAUUUGUGCAUAUGCACAAUGCUAAUAAGCCCUCCUCCCUAUUCUUUUUUUUUGGGGGGGGGAGGUGCUUCACCGCUCCUGCAAGCUCCUUAUCAGCUGCGACACUAGUGUUGGCUACUUUCUAAAGUGUAAAGAUCAGCCCAAAGAGGGAUUGACAGGAGCCAGUGUGGCUCUCUUACCCUUCAUCCCUGCUUCCUUAUAUAGACGCACUGUCACUCAAAUAUGACUGGAAGGCAAAAAGAUGCUGCGCUUGAAGUUUGCUAUUAGACUGUUUCUCAUGAGCGGCGGAUUGGUUGGUAAAGCUGUUUAUUCACUGUGCCACUUUAGACUGCAGAUGGGGCUAAUAUGAUUGAAUGCUCUUCUGUCAACAACAACAACAACAAGAGCCUUGCACAAAUAAAAAUUAAUGAGAAUCAUUCUAAACUAAUCUUUUCCCUGACAUGUGAGUUCUUUUGGCUGAUGGUUGGGGGUAGCAGGUGGGGAGGAGGAACAUGGAAAAGCAUUCAGCUUUGUUAGCUGCUUGAAGUGGUACAAUAUAUAAAUGGAUUUACCACCACUUUUGCUAUGUUUGACAUCUAGGCCUGCAUUAUUUUUUUUACUCUGGUCUAUACCAAUGGAACCAGGAUAUAUAUAUAUAUAUAUAUAUAUAUAUAUAUAUAUAUCCUGAAAACACACUUGAAAGGUAAAGUGAAACGGCAGGUGCUUCUAAUAUUUCUUCAUCUGUCAGACUUGAGCCCUUGCUUGAAGUUUCAUUUUCUCCCCCUCUGGCAGUAGGAGAAAUUGAUAGCCAUACAGCUACUGUUAAAAGGAGGAGAUCCAGUCCUUUCCCCUGCAAAUUGUAAAAUCCGUCUGUGCAGGACGGCCUUUGAUCUAUCAUGUAAGCUGCCUGGGUUGCACUUCACACUGUUAUGGAUAUGUCAGGUUGCAAAUAAGACACCUGCCCUAUGCCCUAGUGCAGACCUAACAUUUAUGCCAAUGGCUAGGAGAUCAAGAAUGUACCUUAAGCUUCCACACACCCUCUUUCCAUGUCCCAUUAGGCCCUAACCACAGUUCUUUUACAAUGGGAGUUUUCAGACUGGCUGCAACGCAAUCAUGUUAACCAUGGUUUGUUUAUUGAUUUCUUUUUUUAAAAAAAAUGUACAGACAUUCUCUCCCCACCCCAUGCGUGUCCUACUCAUGCGCGACCGCUUUUACACGGGUUGCUGUGAAAUAAAGAAAUAAAAUUAUUGAAAUGGCGCACUUUCCCUCUCUCGGAGCUGCUGCCUGCAAGUUGCUCAGGUGUUACUGCCCGGUCAUCUUCCCUCACUUGGUACUACUGCCUGGAAGUCACUCUCAGCUGCUCGCUUGCUGCGAUGGGAGGGAUUGGAGGGAAGGCUGGGAGCAGCAGCCCCAAGCAAGAGAAGGCACACUGGGCAGUGGCCCCAAGCAACUUCCAGGCAGCAGUUCCGGCAGUGCACCCGAGUCUCUCCCUCCCCACCCCACAUGCCCUCCCUAUAAAAGUUGGGUGCUCCUCACUUUUUGCGAUUUCAGUUAUGUGCACGGGGGCCCAGAACAUAACGCCCCACAUAAGUGGUGAGAUGCCUGUAUACAUAACCCUUUGGUUAAAAUCAUUUGAGGUGCAUAACUCUCAAUAAAAAACAGUAAUAACAAACCCCAUAAACAAUUAAAAAGUGUUGGGAAAUGCAACCUUUAAUAUAGCCAGCAGAGAGAGAAACAUGUAUGCAGCGAGUAGUGACAAUCCUGGCCUUAAUUUUUCCUUGUAUCCACUGCAGAUAAUACACUUUGGCUACUUUGAUUGGUCUUUUAUCAACUCCUUGCCAAAUUUAGUACACUUCAAAUGUAUUUUCCAAGUCUGACGAAGUUUUCCUGAAACCCUGGGGUUCUUUUUUUCUUCUUCAUACCAGGCAAAAUUUAUUAGUAUUUUUUUACCAGUUAAUGGUUAUUUCAGAAGAUACUGGCAGUGGUAUAUUCAAAAAAUAAAAACUGUCUUUGAGACUACUGUAAUUUCUGGGGCAGACCUUUUCCUCUUGCAAAAUACGUUUAAACAUCAUGCAUGAGUUUUUCAUGAUUAACUUUAGUUAGCUUUUCCAGACUUUGCAUAAAUACUUAAUAGGGAAGUCUCUCCAUUAAAUCAGAUAUUUUGUUAAUUUUUUGUUUGUUGUCUUAUCUAAGUUAAAACAACCCAUCCAGUUUGUAAAAUUAAUUUUGUAACAGAAAUCACAUUAAAUUCCUUAACUGGGUUCAGUAGCUUCUCAAAAGAGUUAUUUGAAUAAUAUAUAAAUAAUGCCACAGCAUCUGCUUAUGAAUUAAUUUUAAAAUCCUACUGUCCCAUCUUAAUGCUACUUACUGCCUGCUUAGACCCUGUCGCUUUGGCUCAAGGAUCAAUAGUUAGGGGGAAAUGAAUUUAAAAAUAGGGUAAACUGAACGUACACCACUAACUGAGACAGAAGUAUAUGAGUUCGUAUAUAUCUUCAAUAUUCCUGUGGAAAAUUUCCCUUCCAGAUCAGCAUUUUCCAGAAUCAGGUACAAAUAGCCCUAUUCUAAAUAGUCAAAAGCUUUUUCCACAUAAAAAUAUAUAACCCUCUAUGGUUUUUAGAUUUAGUAAUCACAUGAAUUAUAUUCAAAAGAUUCCUUAUAUUCAUUUCUAAUUUAUGUUUUCCUUAAAUAAAACUUAACUGAUCUUCUGUAGUAUACUUCCCAAUGAUUGUGUUGCCCAGAUUUUAAAUUCUUGUUUUAAAAGGGUGAUGGGUUGGUAAGAUUUGACUCCAGAAGCAUCUUUAUCCUUUCUUAAGGAUAAAGAAGCCUAUGUUUUUGGAAAGGUUUGUUCUUGCAUAUCUGCAUUUAAUGCCCCCAGAAGAAGAUAUGACAAUGCAUUUCAAGAAAAUAUUAUGAUAUUUAGUAGCAAAACCAUCUAUUCUUGUUUUAGUAAUAUUUUAAUUCAACAACAGCUGUAUAGAGCUCAAUAACUUUAACUGGCCUUUGACAAUUUUCAAUAUCUGUUUUUCUUAAACAGGACCGUUUAAUGUUUUCUAAAUAGGAACUUAUUUUCUUUCAAGAGGGAGAAUCUGAGGGCUACAUAACAUUUCCUUAAUUCAUAUGCAGUGUCCUUUGGCUUUGUCUCAGCCCUAUCCCUGUUCUUCAAUCCUGAACCAUGUUAUUAGAUUAUUUUACAUCCAUAGAUGAAAGUAAUCUGUUUGGCUGGUAGCCUUCUUGAAAAAAAAUGCCUUGAAAUGUUUUGGGUGCAAUUGAUUAGGCCAAUUUGCUUUCUUGGGACUUCUAUCUUGCCUACUUUUGUCUUAAACAUAGGCAUAUUCUCCUGCCCCUAAUUGUUGAAUUUGACUGAUAAGAUCCUUCAAAUCCUUUCCCCUUUUGUUAUUAAAUAGGCCACAAUAUGUUAUCAAGACCCUCAUCACUGAUUUUGAGGCCUUCCAACCAGUGACUAUAGUAGUCUCAGAAGAAUUAUUAUUUCAGAAAUAUUUCUGCAUCUUAGCAGUCACAAUCUGAUAUUGUAGUAAUAAAUUCUUGACUUGCCAACAGCUAUUUCCUGAUUGGGUCUUAUCACAUGUCUGCUCUGUUGUAAUGAGAGCAUAUCUUCAUAUGUGUAAGUUCAUAGGUACAGAUGAUCAGAAGAAGUUGAGAAUGGAAGGAUGAGUAGAUAUCACACCGUUGUAUAAAUACUGGGAGAAGGAAUGCUUAAUGUUCAGAAGCCUUGGAAAGAAAAGCCUACUUUUAAGGCUGGGGUCUCAUAAAACAUCCUCUUUGCUCCAGUAGGCUCCAAAUGGAGGGUUAAGUGUACACUCAUCAUUGCACUGGGAUCUACACUCCAUGUGUUCUUUCUCUCUUGUCCAAAUCAGCUCCUCUGGGAGCUAAGGGACUAGCAAUCUUGCAGUUUUGGGGAGGGGGGAUGAGGCUGUGAGCCAACCUGUGGGACACAUUUUCUCUCUGCUCUUGACUACAUGUUGUCAUUACUGGCCCUAGAGCUAACAGCCUGCCAUUAACCUAAUUAAUGUUCUGCUGUUUCUUGUAUUUGUUUUGUAGAAUCAUUAUUUAUUGUAUAUGUCAAUUAGAGUCAUUUAAUUUGGGAGAUCCAAGCUAGACAUGAAGACAUUUAUAUUUAUAUAUAUACACACAUAUAUAUUUUAAAUAUUUUACAGAAAGCUGUCGAAGAACCACUUAAUGGUAGGUAGUAAUUGAAAUUUUGAUCUAUAUUCAGGGACUUGGUUUUUGUUCCAGUCCAAAAAUUAGUUUGUGGGGCUGUAUAAAAGAUGUAUACAAGAUAAUGAAAAAAUAUUUCUGACCUUAAAUUAUUGGUUUUUCAUAGAUCUCUUAUGGGUAUUAGAAAAUAGUUUAUGGCUCCGUAAUUCUUGGUUUAUCUGGACCUUUUCAAAGUUCAGGUGGCUUUUUUUUUUUUUUUAAGGAUAAAUACCACUUUGAUCUUAUAAAUUCAUUUGCCAAAAGGAAUUAGUUUCUUAAUGAAAGAUUUGUUCCUUCUGAAAAGUAGAGAUGAGUUAUCUUUUGCAUGGGGUUCACAAGUUUCUAGGAUAGUGCUUAGCAAAACUUGGGGGGGUUUUUUUGGUUUUUUGCCUUUUGGUCUCUGAUUUCCUCAUUUGAUCCAACUGGUAUGGGGGGAAAUCCCACUGAAUGCUGAUGUAGAAUCAAGAGAAAGGCUGGUUGUGCAUCAGACCCUCUAAUUUCUUUUCCAUUACAUGGAACUCUUGCAUGUCUUAAAUUACAAUAUAUUUUAACACUGUUUCUACUAAACUGCUGUUUACUCCUUGCUUCUCUAACUACUAACGUUUUGCUUGGUUUUGCAAAGAUGCGAAAGGAGUGAUGUUAGAAUGAUGGUAAGUUUUGCCUGUAUUUAUUAGCUUUGCUUUUCAGUAGAGCUAUGGGAUUUUCCCUUUGUUUUGAUUUUUUCCCUUUUUCAUGAAACAGGAGGCACACUUCAAAGCAUUAGUAUUUCUAGUUAUUAGUUUUUCUAGUAAGACACAAUCCUUGAAUGUUUCAUCAGAAAUAGUCCCUGAGGUCCAGUUUUUCAAGCUAUGAAAUAAGGUGUGUGCGGGUGUCUCCAAACAGUGGUGGUUUAUAGUCACUUUAAAGCCAUUGGCAAACUUCCUUCUUUCCAGCAUCUUUACAGAUUUUAGUUUUGCAGCUGUGGCUCCAUAAAUCCAUUUGCUGCAUCAAAUGGCCCUGGUCCCUUAUUAAAUCAGGCAGGGGGCUUUGCAGUCCACAGAUUGCCCUCCCAAAAUUUCAGUCAACUGCUGAGCCCCAGAAUGCAAUGCAACGGAGAACAGUGAUAGAAAGGAGCUUCUUUCUUCUCCAAAGCCAAUAACAAUAUGAAGCAAAUCUCCUACAUCUUCCCCAGCCCCUUUGGCAAAUGCGGAUGACUAGGGAAGGAGUCAGCAGCGGGCACAAAUAUAGGCUGGUUACUGAGCCAGGGUAAAACUUGUAGAUGUCUGUUUGCCUCCCUUGAGAGGCUCACAGCCUUGUAGCAAAGAAUGCAGUUCACAAAUAGAACAUAUACUAAUGGCAAACAUAUUAUCUGAGUGUGGAGCUUGUGGAGCCAAAAUUACGACACCCUCACACAAGAGGGAGGUUAUUAGCAGUCCCAUGGUUUGAGAGAGAGAGAGAGAGAGAACCUGAAAAGGGAGAAGAGGGGAAUGAGACAGAAACAGUCCAAUGAGUACACAACAUGCUAAAUGGCUAAAGUACCGUAUUUUUCACUCUAUAAGACGCACCAGACCACAAGACGCACCUAGUUUUUGGAGGAGGAAAACAAGAAAAAAAUAUAUUCUGAGUCUCAGAAGCCAGAACAGCAAGAGGGAUCGCUGCGCAGUGAAAGCAGCAAUCCCUCUUGCUUCUGGGAUAGCUGUGCAGCCUGCAUUCGUUCCAUAAGACGCACACACAUUUCCCCAUACCCUUUAGGAGGGAAAAAGUGAGUCUUAUAGAGCAAAAAAUAUGGUAUAUUGAGUGGAGGAAUUGGAUUGGAACAUCUUGAAAGAAGGUAGGACUGACUGGAAAACUGAAUGAGAGCCUUCUACUGUGCAAGGAUUGCUGCAGAUUCCACUUGGCUGCGAAUGGCCUACAGGCAAAGUUGCCAGGCACACACACAGGGUCAGGGGGAAGAGUUUCCUGCAACAUUGCUUAGCUGGUGGUCAGGAACCCUGACCAUGAACACCUUUCCACACUGCAACAUUUUGAAUUGCCACUUUAUUCCUGUUUUUUAAAUUAUGUUCCUUCCUUUAUAAAUAAAGGCAAAAUAGUAUUGGUGGUGGAUGUGAUCAGACAAAAUGGUAUUGGUAGUGGAUGUGAUCAGUCUGUUAGACUAAUGCUUACUAAAAAUACUGAUUUUCCUAAUUUUGUUAUUAAUCCACAGGGAAUUGAGCGGGGUAGGAAAUAAUUGUUCAUGUUUUACGUACUUCAUUAAUCUCUGGCUCGCUAUUUAGUUCAGUGGCUUCUGUAUUAAUCUUGAUUUCAUGGGAAUCGAGAUUAAUUAAUCUAGGACUGCAACUGAACUUGCAAGUAAUUAGGUCUUAGUCAUUCAUGCAAUUCAUCAAUGAGAUAAUCAUGAGUGUUUAAUCUGUUUGUUCCAACUGUUUGUGCAUCUUCUUAAUGCUAGAUUCAAUGAGAAUGUAAGUAAAAUUCAUUACACCCCACUUGUACUGUGUUAAAGAGUCGGUGGGGAUACUUGAAGUGUAAAAUAAGAGGACAUUAUUAUUCAAUUUAUAUCCUACCUUUUUUGCAAGGAGCCCUCCCCGUUUUUUUCUUCACAGCAACGCUUUGA